CUCCUGACAGUGUUUCAGCUGACCGUUAACACUGGGGACCCUGAUUAAAAGGAAACAUUGUAUCAAAUCCUGGGGAAUAAACGGUAUGUAUUGAAUUCAGCAGGUUAUGGCAUAAAGCACUCUCCUAUUACAUACAGCAUUACCUCUCCAUGAUAAGGGGCAGACAUGGUCAUUAAGAGGUUAAUUUUCUCUGUCAUCACACUGUAACAUCAUUUAAUAUAUAUAUAUAUAAGGUCAAUUCAUAUUUUAUGGUUAAAUUAAUUUUAUGUAUUUUAGUAUUGUGUGUGCCCUUAAAUAUUGCUCUUUUUAUUAUAUAAAUACAAAUAUAUAUAUAUAUGAUUAGAAAAAUAAUACCAGGUAUUGCAUUAUAUUCCAUAAUAUAUUACAGGGAGACAGGGCGUAGGAAACAGAGGUAAUCCAUAUAAAUAAAUGACACAAAGGUGUUUUCCGCGUCUGAUGGUGUAACUAUCGGUUCUAUCUACCAACUUGUGGAGCCUGAGCAACUACUACAGACUGGUACACCAGGGGAUUAAGCCCAGUUUGAGGCUACAGCUUUUAUGCACAUAUUAAUCAUUUUCAAAUGUGCCAUAUUGUUUGUGAGUGCUAUAUUUUAUUUUAGUUUUUAUUACUGUUUGAAUUAAAGUUCGCACUAUGAUUUUUUUUCUCUCUUCCUCUCUUUUUAUGUGAGGGUUUCGCAUUGACCUAAAAGAGGGUAAAUAUACCAACCACUAAGCUUGUGAUAAGUGGCGCCCUAUUUUCUGUAUUAAUAAUUUGUUAUUAUACAGUUUUGUUUCUGUGCACUGUUUAAGGGAUACAGGGAGUGUUUUCCCACCUAGAGUGGCUUGCCUGCACAAUUGUACUACCCAGCUGUCCUACUAUCCGUUCUUUUGCUACAUAUUAUUAUUACUAUAGACUGUAAGCUCAUUUGAGCAGGGUCCUCUUCAACCUAUCGUUCCUGUAAGUUUUCUUGUAAUUGUCCUAUUUAUUGUUAUAUCCCCCUCUCAUAAUAUUGUAAAGCGCUACGGAAUCUGUUGGCGCUAUAUAAAUGGCGAUAAUAAUAAUAAUAAUUAUUAUUAUUAUUAUCAUUUUUUUUAUAUAUAUUUACCUGCUUCUUCUUUGUUAUGCUUUCUACACCCUAUGAGUGCUGGAAAAAUGCAUUCAGCAUGAUUGAAUGAGAGGUGUGCUCAAUAAUGCAGUCUGACCAAGUUUAUAAACAAAUAUUAUAGUGUUUCCAAAACUGAACUUGCUUUAUUUUGGUUUGCCCCAUCCCCUGGGUUGUGGCCUCUCGUGCCAGUGAUAUGGUCGGGAUUGGCGGCACCAACGGCGACAACCUUUUUUCUCUCAUAAUUUUUCUCCUUCUUUUCUGUACGCCUUUUUGUUCCUGUUCCUCUCUAUCGCCUCCUAUCCUAUGUAACACUGAGAUCAAACUUGUGCAACUAAAGACUCUCAGUUGUCUCCCAAUGAUAAUGCACGCAUUUGGCCCUUGAGUAAAUGGCCCGCGGCUGUUUUCUAGUAAUGAGGUUUUUCUGUAUGACAUUAAAGAGUUCUGUUUCUGUAUUUUUAUUUCUUUUAAUACCAAGUAAAAAUACCUGACGGUGUUAGUACAAGGGCUCACUCUGAGGUAUAUCUCGGAACAAAUGUUCUCCUGAUCUUUAAAGUCAUGCUUCUACAUAAUGUCAUAUAUUUUUUCAUUUAUUGUGAUUACCUCGAAGUGCUAGAUUUAUGUUAACUGUAAUUUUUUGUACCAGCUUUCAGUCAAAAAAGAAUCUUUAAAAAAAAGUGUUUAAUUAACGGUUUAAAAAAAAAUUAUUGUCAAGUGAUGACAAUUCUUUGACCAUUUGAAAUGUUGGAACGUAUGCUUCCACUUUGGGGUGACUUCAGUGCCCAAUGAUGCCUCAGGGAUGCUCACAUAAGCUUCGGAAUCUGAAUUGAAAUCUUAUACAAGAGCAUGCACUCUCUGCAAUUCCUUCAGCUGUGCUGCUGUACAUGUGCACGAACUUCUGUGUACUAGUGAUGCUGCACAUGGGCCAUAAAUAAUCAAAUGAGUUUGCUCUAAGUGGUUGGUGGCUAUAUUUUAUUUGUGUAACAUAUCUGUAUUUGUUGGCUACUCCUAUUAUUUUAUAAUACUGCUCGAUGCAUAUUAAAAGUAUAAAAUGAUGCAAUUUAUACAUUAGGUUGUGUUUUGAAAUAUAUAUCUCUUUUUUUCUAUUUUUAGUUUUAAAAGAGCUUAAACUUGUCAUAAUUUAAUAAUUGCUAACUGAUCCUGAACUGCCAGUGAUAGGAUGGUGGGUAGAGAAAUUCAUGAAAAAACAAUUACUUGCUUAAAGGAACACUAUAGUCACCUAAAUUACUUUAGCUAAAUAAAGCAGUUUUAGUGUAUAGAUCAUUCCCCUGCAAUUUCACUGCUCAAUUCACUGUCAUUUAGGAGUUAAAUCACUUUGUUUCUGUUUAUGCAGCCCUAGCCACACCUCCCCUGGCUAUGAUUGACAGAGCCUGCAUGAAAAAAAAACUGGUUUCACUUUCAAACAGAUGUAAUUUACCUUAAAUAAUUGUAUCUCAAUCUCUAAAUUGAACUUUAAUCACAUACAGGAAGCUCUUACAGGGUCUAGCAAGCUAUUAACAUAGCAGGGGAUAAGAAAAUCUUAAUUAAACAGAACUUGCAAUAAAGUAAGCCUAAAUGGGGCUCUCUUUACAGGAAGUGUUUAUGGAAGGCUAUGCAAGUCACAUGCAGGGAGGUGUGACUAGGGUUCAUAAACAAAGGGAUUUAACUCCUAAAUGGCAGAGGAUUGAGCAGUGAGGCUGCAGGGGCAUGUUCUAUACACCAAAACUGCUUCAUUAAACUAAAGUUGUUCAGGUGACUAGAAUGUCCCUUUAACUGUCAGCAACAAUUCUGUAUUUUAUAACUCUACUUGUUUAACAGUCAUGUAGGCUGUCACUUAACUACAGACUUAUUUAUACUCUAAUAUCAGACAUUACGUAAAGAGAUUAUAAAAAAAUAAAUAAACAUGAAAAUUCCAAUGGUCACAGAGGGUUAUUGGGAUGGAGGUUCAAUCCCCUGCAUUAUAGAUGCCUUUGCUAUGCUGAUAUAGACAAUUGCCCCACUCCCUCCCCAGCAGGAAAGACCAUAUGGCAUGUAGAGGAGCUAGGAGGUCAGCCUUAUGCCUAGAGAUGGUCUUCCCCUGUGAGUAAAGGACUGUAAUAGGCAAAUGUGCAAAUGCUAAAAGGAGAGAAAUCAGUAAAAAUAUUCCAUGAUGAUUGUUCCAUUUUAGAAGUGGAAUAACAUUUUAUUCAUAUGGACCAAUAUGUCUUAAUGUUUUAUAACUCGUUUAAGAAGUUAAUACUUACCGAUCAUCAUACCAACGCAUACAGGGUUUAAACAAUAUUCAUUACUUGUGAGACGUCAGCUGUCACUGUAAGACAAUGAGUACUGCCUAAACCUGGUAGGAGUUGGCUUGAAGGAAGUAGAAUGAAAGUCUGCUUAAGCAGACCAACUCAGACAGGAAGGAGCACAGGUGCCUAACACAGCAAUAUAAGUAUCAAGCUGGUUGUAAAUGGUCUGAUAGAUUAUUGGCAGAUAGCCAUGGAGACUCAGUAAAAAUGAAAAUCCAGCGCACUCACUUAUCUACUAAACAGUUAUUUUAGUGCUGAACAAUUUUGUUAGUUUUAUUAAAAACACCUAAUCUAGGCAAUGAUAAUGGGGGUUUAGUUACAUUAUAUGAUCAUACAUUGCAUAGGCCUGCCACAAUGUCAAUGUACCCCAUCUUUGGCAGGUCCUACUCUGUCUGCUAAAUAAGCUACUCACUUGGGGAAAUCCUUCCAUCUCGAGGUCUCUGCAGUACAAUGCUUAAAUAGGGUCCUGAGAUGAGGCACCUGUAACAGGGAGGGGUGCAAAACCCAUGGAGCUGGCUAGACUCCUAAAUAUAUACAUAUAUAGGAGAAAACACUCCUAAACAUACUUAAAUGGGGUGCUGCUGGGGGCCAAUAAGUACAGUAAAAAUGAAAAUCAAGCGCACUCACCUAUCUACUAAACAGUUAUGGGGGGACUCCUUGCACUAUAACCACUACUGUGCCCUGUAGUACAUACCGUGCCUAGGGUUUCCAUGUUAAGGAACACAAUAGCGUUAGGAAUACAAGCUUGUAUUCCUAACGCUACAGUGCACUAGUCCAGAGUUAGGUUAGAGGCCCCCCAACCGCAAUAAAAAUGGGGGUUAAAAAAAAGGAUUUGUUAUUUUUUUUUCCGGUGUUGAGAUUUCCUCAGAUUUGCUGCCAGCUCUGCCUACAGCGACAUAAUCCAUCCCAAUCUAAUGCUCUUUAUAGAGGGACUUUGGGGACAUGAUGCGCAUGAGCAACGAGUGCUGCUCACACAUCCUAUCAAAGGUUACAUGUAUGUGUGUGUGUGUGUGUGUGUGUGUGUAUUUAUAUAAUGUUGUGUUGUUUUAUUCACAGGAAUCCACAAUAUAGAAGAUGAUUAGUUACCGGAAAUGCAUUGAAGUGAUAACCCAACUUCUUAAUAAGUUUAGACCAGAAAAUCAGAGUCUUGAGCAUUUGUUGGAAGAGUCAUCUGAAUAUUUGGAGGUAUGUUUUUGUGGAGUAUGGAUUGUCAUUAAUUAAUGUAACAUAUACAUUUUAGUUGCAUGGUAGCAUAUCUUGCAGACUCAUGACAUUCUACACGAAGGUUCCAGAAACCGACAUGUUUAACUACUUGUAUUGAGUUCCAUGGUUUUUUAUCUUAUGAUUAUUAUCAUUAUAAUGCAUUAUAUAUAAAGCACCAACACAUUCCGCAGCUCUGUCCAUGGGUACAGUAAUUACAAGUAAAACAAAGGUACAAAACAUUUAAGAGACAAUACAACAUGUGACAAACAAAUACAGGAGGCGUGAAGGCCCUUAUAUUGUGGGAACUUAUUACCCCAUCACCUCACUGCUUGUUGUUAAUAAUACCCCAUCACCUCACUGGUACUUGUCACCGUUACUCCAUCUUGUUAUUACUAUUGACUCAAAACUCACUGUUACUUGUUACUAUUAACGCUAGGCAAUUUUAUUAAAUAAGAUGGGUAGCACAAAGGUACAGUAGGGCUGCGCCACAAACUAUGAGUGAAUAUUAGAUAUAUAUAUAUAUUGCCAUCCUGAUGAAAGCCCAUGUAUUGGGGCUGAAACGUUGAUAUUUAUUUAUAUAUAUUUUUUUUAUGACAUAGAAUAAAAGUUAUAUUUUAUUUUUACUAUCAACAAGUCCUUGGAGUGCGGUCAUUUCCAAUCAUUUUUUUGUAUCUUGUGCCUGACCAGCACCGGACAAUUACUCUCUAAUCCAGGAGUGCAAGCAUCUCAGUUUUCUUAUAUAUAUAUAUUAUUCACUCAAAGUUUGUGGCGCAACCCUACCGUACCUUUGUGCUACCCAUCUUUUGUGACUACCCCUAAGGGUUUUUGAGGGACCCCUUACCCUGGGUUGCUACCUUAUCUACUACCGUCCUGGUUUGGUUACUUAGCGCUGACCCUUUUUGUUUUUCAAUUUCAUUAAAUAACUAAUUUAUUUAAGUACAUUUUGAAUUUGUAACUUGCACCACUUUGCACGUACACCCCAGCUCUGUUCCAUGUACACUGAAAUAAAUGCAAUGCUGCUUGAUGUUUUUGUGUGGAUGAUCUCCUAUUUUUGUGAUGUUUCUAGGAUGAGAUAUUAAGUGCAGCAUACUACAUAUAGUCUUCCCAUAUUAAGCUGUCUGUAUUCCCUAGUACCCAUUUACAUUGAACCAUAUACAUUGGGCUGUAUAGGGUUUGCCCUCAUAAUACAGGGGAUAAAGGUUUUAUAUAUAUAUAUAUAUUUUUUUUUUUGCAGUGCAUUUCAAAUUAACAUACUCGCGUGAGGUACCCCAACGGCAUUCCUCAUGCAUUGGUGAAACAGUUGUAACAUUGGGGUAUUCUGAGGAACUUGCACAGAUUUUAUAUUUAAGUAGGUACCGAAGGGUAGGAACACAUCUGACAAGGGUUCAACAGAACUGAUAAUCCUGGUUGAUUAUACAAACAGUGUGUAUGCGAUUAUUCGAUUUAGUCACAUGCUAAGUAGGUUGGGUAAAAGAUUAUGUGUAGCAGGUUCAGUCGCAAUAUUUUGUGCCAGCUGAUAACGAGAUAGGUACAGGAUUAGGUAGAGAUAAUCGCAAGAGUGUGUACUUGUCUACGCUUUGGGCAGCAGGUUGUUAAGCAUGUAACAAGGUAUUCCUAGCCCUGGUUGAGUAAUGGAAGUUAGAGACAGCUGGCUCUGUUUCUAUAUAUCAUUCUAGCAUAUGAUGCAGAGAUCUGGUUAAUGUUAUGACCUAUAAGCAAAUAGAACACUAAACAAGAAAAACGUAAAUGAGAAAAGCACAGGUAUAAAUAUCAGGCAGCUUCUGUUCGCAUGCAUAUGGGGAAUUCAAGUAGGUUGGCAUGUGUGGGUAACAUAUGGAAGUCCCAUCAGUGACAUCUGCUAUUUGUGGUCAGUCCCAUAAAGGUGGUACAGCUUUAAGCAGCGAGCCUGUGUUCAGCCUAUACCCGAAGAUGGGAAACAAAAGUCCUGUGCAGUGAGGGCUAAGGAGGCCGCCGUGCUCUGGUGGCUUUGUUGAGCAUCCCUCCCGCCCCAGGCCGGUCGGUAGGCCAGCAUCUUCUUGCCACGGACAUGGGGGUGUGACGGAACGCUGGCACUCCGACUGAGUACCUCCGCCAAUCGAUGCUCCUAGUGCUCGCUGAGGACUCCAAGCACUCCAGCCGACACCAUCAGCACUGCAGACCCCACUUCCAGCGAUGCAACUGCGCUGGGGUCUCUGCUGUCUCCACCCACCCUGGACCCAAGGCCAGGAUCCAGCUUCCAGUGGGUGAACCUCUCUUUCCCCAGAGAGCAGGAACAGGAACAAGCUCUUAGCAGAACUUAGUGAUCAUACCCUGGGGAGUAUAGUGAUUAUAGCAAUCCCCAAACAUGAGCCAAGGCUUAAUGCUGGAACAAGACUGAUUUACUGGCACACAGAACUCACAAUUUAUGCAACACAAAACUCCUCCUCUGGGCCAGGCUAGAUAAUUGAGUUUCUACAAUACACAAAGCUCAAUUGUCUGCUGGCCAGAAAUAAUACAGUUUUUACAGCAUUCAUAACUUCUAAAAUAUACAUCACAUUCACAUAAAACUAUAUAUUCACAAUCAAUCCAUUCAGGGAAACAACAUAUCAAAAAAUGGCAUGAAUCAGACCAGGGGUUCAGAAGUUAGUAAAGUAUCUUUUGGGGCCUGGCUGGCAGCAUGGCUAUCUGGCCCAAACUGGUUUUACAGAGCCCUCUAGCCUGGAGACAAUGGGGAAAUUAAUCCAAUUAUCCAGGGAUAGAAGCAGACGCCAUUGAGCACAUGUUCCCAGUAAAACACAAAAGGAUACAAAAAUACAUAACUCCUAUCAUACUGAAUUGAACGGGCCAAAUCUCCCAGGGUCCAUUAGUCACAGGGCAAGAGGCGGGCAAGCAGUCCUCUCCAGGCACAAGUGGCGAAGGGCACUUCAUCACAGGGGGCUCCUGGGGUCCCAGUCCUCCCUUGUGGGGGAUAGACAGGAGGUCCUGGUGGUAGGUAGCGCUGACUGCGGGCGAUCCUCCUUCUGUGUGGAUGAUGCCGUGGGGCUUUACCUAUGGUGGCCCUCGGCCUAAGUGAUCCCUUAAUUGGGUGUUUGUGUGCUUUGGAGGUAUGGGUGAUCCUCCUGGUCGUCCUCUUGAUGUUGAUGUCUUGCAGCAGAGUGGCGUGCCUCCAACGCGGCCCAGAAGCAGUCGAAGAUUUCGUCCAGCCUCCUCUGUGUUAGCUGCGCGGGAAUCCGUCUUGGAUUGCUGGGUGUCUGAGUCCCGCUGGGUGUUUCGAGCCUCCAUUUUGUGUGUCUGCUGGGCAGUAGUUAGUAGAUUAGGUCAAUUUGCAUCGCUUUUUUAUGGGGUACAGGCCAGGGUGGACUGGGAUGACCCCCGCCGGUCCAAAGGAGGGGGAACAGGGCUAAGAGGCAAGCUUGGGAGGGCACAGCGUCGCACAGAGAGGGGGAUCGGCUGCUCCACCCGUCCGCCGACCGUACUAGGCCUCACUCCCACAACCUCCGUCUGAUGUGCUGUGCACCCACGGGCAAUGUACCCGGGGUUCCUCGGCUGGCUCUCGAAGCAGGUAAGUCCUGUGAUUGGCAUUUUGGUUGGAUGGCGUGCAAUAAUCAGGCUAAAUACAAGGAUUGAGCUCAGAGCUCACAUGAGACACGUCCAGCCGCCAUGAUGUCCAGGCCCCGCCCCACAGGAUAAAGGUUAUGUUUAGAAGAGUUGACAUCUCCUAUAGCUGGAUCAUAACCUCUGUACCUAUGUGGAUCAAGUGGGGGAUGUGGUAAACAUAAUGCUGCUAUAAUUAACUCCUUUCUCUCCUGCUCAGUAAUAGCUAGAGUGCUAGAGGAUUAUCACUUUAUUUGUCAGUCUGUAAGGUACGAUCUUGGAAGUACAUCCUCACCUUUUCACUCUCUCUCCAGCCUGGUCCUGUCCUCAGUGAACUCCUAUUUCUGCUAAUACUGGUAACCUUGGCAACCUGGUAGUUCUGAUUUCUGUCUCCUAUCUCUUCUGUUGGCUUGCUUACUCAUAUAUUGAAUUGUUCCCAACCUCUCUAACAAGUUUCUGUCCAGACAUCCCGUCACGCUCACCUUAAACCUCUGUGAUUGUGUUUCUGGUUGUACUACACAGAAUGCUUCCUUUUGAAGUACCACUCAUACAAAAUCACAUCACUUGAAAUUGUACAGUUAGCCAUCUCCUUUAACCUGUUCUCUGUAUUCUCUCUCUUAGCGAAGAGUAGGAGUCUAAAAGAGGAUACAGCUUCUUCUCAUCAGUGGAAUAAACUAAAAUUCGACUUUACUCAUCGUAACUCAUUUUAAAGGGUUACUCCAAUUAUAAAAACCACUAUAGCCCUCUAGGGGUACCCUAAGCCAGUUCCCCGGUAAUGGAGCAAACCAUUUAGUAACAUUAGAUUUAGAAACAUCUUUCAUUUAAAAAAAUAAAAUAAACAAACAUAUCAAUUAGCUGGAAGCCAUUUCUGAGACAGACUUCACACUGCAGCCUCUCUGCAAACUGUUAUGAUUUUUGCUAAAAAAAUUUUUUUUUAAUAGAGAGGUAGUUCGGACCUUUGGCACAUUAGUAGCAAUUGCCGCAUUCCACCAAUCCAAUGUUUCUCUUGGAGAAGCAUUAGCCGUGACUGGAGUCACCAUGCUGUGUGUGGUCAUGCCAAAUGCUGAUGUGUUGUAUGUGAUAAUGACAAAAUUCAAGGUCUUAAAGGAACACUCUAAGUACCACAACCACUACAGCUGUGGUGGUUAUGGAUUUAGAAGGGCUUUGGUACCGUCCCAUAGUAAGAUGUCAAACUGUUUUAGCAAGGUUUGACAACUUACCUGGGUCUCACCAGGCAGGUGCUGCUCAAUGAUUCUAUAAAGCAAUGCACUCAUUGGCUGUUUCAGCUGGUGCUGUUUUUCGGUAAGGGGGCAAUCCGUUUUGCAAUAGUUUGCCACUUAUGAUAUUAUGGUGGCUGAGUCGCAUGCGGCUUCAGAGCUGUAGAAGCCUAUACUUAAUUAAUUCAUUGAAUGAUAGUGCGAGUUUGCUGAAUGAGCAUUUGUGCUUGGGAUAUGCACAGAAUUAACAUUAGCAAUUAACACUCCAUGCUAACCAAUGAAAGCCACAGGUAGAGUUACGUCUCUGGCAGUCGCAUUAACGAUCUGUGUAUGAAGAGUGUUUUACAGUGAAACGCUGCAUAUGCAGCGGCUUGGACCAUGACCACUUCAAAACACUGAAAAAGUCAUAGUGCUUGCAGUAACCAUUUAGUAUUGUGUUUACUUAUCAUCGUAUUUAACAAAUAUGUAUUUGUGAGGUGUAAAAAAUAGAAUGUAGAAAAGUAUCCCUCUUUAUCCUGCUGCUAGCCUGCUCUCAGUCAUUGUGAUAUAUUCUGUAUUUUGCACCUGGCACACAGUUUAGAAAAAGCAUACAAAGGAGAAGAAAAGGACACAAUAUUUCUAUUUCUCUUCCCUAUUAGUAGUGUUUAUCCUGACCAUGCCUUAUCUGACCUGGAUUGUGAUGUCAUUUCCUAAAUCUAUAAUAUAAGCUUAAAAUAAAAUGGAGCAUCUUUCGGGGGGCGGGCCUGACUACCAUGGCGGUCAGACAAAUCUAGCAAGUGCUCCUCUCCUAAUUGCUAAACCCUGCAAACUACCUUCUAUGGGGUCUCUCCCCAAGCACCCUCUGGCACUUACCUGACUUCUGGCACACGUUGUGCACCCCAGAAAGGGUCCACGAGGUGACUAUCGCCUGUUUGUCCCGAGGAGCCAGGUGAGGCCUAGUGAAACCUCUGGACGGGAGAGGCAGCCGGUCUCCUGUUCCAUGCAGAGCAGCAUCAAGACGAAACCCUCUCUGCUCCCCCCACCCCCUUUGGAUCAGUGGGGGCUUCCCGGUCCCCACCUGGAGGGCUCCUCAUCUCCGCGGGAGACUUGCGGUACUACCGAGACACAAGCUACAGUCACAAACUGCAUACCCAAAAUGGCGGCAGCCGUGUGCUCCCAGCUACACCAAGAGGAGAAGUCUGGAUUGCCAUGCCGACUGGACAGCCUCUUUGAAGCAUUUUGGCUGCAAUUACAACACAGGUACUUUCUACCAGCCACACAUGACACACCCGCAAAACUAACCGCACAGGCACACCGUAACCCCCGCGACCUCCACGCGGCUGCUGGCCCUAUGACGGCCCGCCUCAGGCGGCUUGGACAGCAUCGGCAGUGCUGGAGAAAAGCGGUACACAGACAUGGGCUGUGGAGGGGCUUUUCCGAGCCUCGUCAGGAGUCUUCAGAAUGGGCUAAGUUGUGAAGCGGACCACCAUGCACCGCCUGACUUACCACCAAAGUGGCAUCUUGCUAGCUUUCACAGUGCCUGACUGGCUGACCAGCACCAUUCAAUGGGACUGCUGCCCUGCCGCUGAUGGGCAUAGGAUGAGAGACAGGAAGCCUUGAUACAUCACUCCCAACAAUGCAUACUAUCUUUUCAGCUUGCAUGUCUCCAACUACUCUAAAUGACCCGGACUCUCACUCCUACUACACUAAGUCCCUUCAGGUGGAACCACAUCUCUCAUAACAGGCACUAAGCAUGUUUUUCCCUUGUCUUUAAGUUUUAGUUACCUGCCUUAUCACUACUUUACACUAUUUUAAAAAUUGUGCCCAAAAGUCACAUGUCACAUUUUGCAUGAACAUGUAAUUCUGAAUACCUUGGCAUUGCUGUUGUGGCGUUCUGAGGCCAUUUGUUUAUUUUAGCACAACAAAAAGAUUUUUUUUUAUAUAAAAAAAAAGCAUCUCAUGAAAAAAGGUUAACACAGGUUACAGGUGAUUUUCAAUAUUUCAUUGAAUAAUGUGACUUCCAGAGAAGUGAUGGUUCUGCUUUUAAAGAGAGUUCUGAUUGUUGUGAUUAUCAUUGGAUUUUUGUCUUUUAGAUAAACAGCUCACAUGACAAAUUUUAAGAAAUGUAGAAACUAACUUAAACAAAGGCUUACUUGAGUUUUAAAAACUAACGUGUACACUGUUUCUUAGGCAACUGAAGCAGAGCAACAGGCCCGUUCCCCAAUGCAUUCUGUAUUUCCCAGAUUCCUGCUUGAUGCAGACUGUUGUUGGUUAUCCUUCUCUAACAUAUUACUGAUAAGAGUAUCUCACUAAAAUUGAAGUGCUUGAUUGUUAUUUUAUAUUAAUUCUCUCAUAUAAGUAGUUUAAUGGAAAUACAAACAAAUUAACCACCGUUUUCACUCAGUGUUUUCACUUUCACUUAGAGACACUAUAGUAACCAAAACAACUAUAGCUUUUAUGUGGUUGUGUCUUUGUGUUAUUGUGUCUGCAGCCUGUCCCUGCAGGCUUUUUAAUAUGAAUGCUUCCUUUUCAGUCACUCAGGUGGCUACUAGAGGUGCUUUCUGGGGCAGUGCUGCACAGUGUGCAGGACUGACAUUCAGUGCCUCCAUGCUCUACACGGAGGCACUGAACGUUCCUCAUAGAGAUGCAUUGAUUCAAUGCAUCUUUAUGAGAAGAUGAUGACUGGCGUAGCCUCUUAAUGAUUUCCUAUGGUAAAGUAUUGGAUAGGCCCGGAUUGUCACAUUUGAUGAUCCCAGCUAAGUAGGUGGAGCGGUGCGGGGCCAGUUGCGGCAAACCGAUGCGGCACUGGAAAAACUGUGAGUAAAGUAAAUUUUUAAAAGGAGGCAAGGUAGGGUCAAUCACCUAAACUAUGUUUUUAGAACUAUAGUGCCAGGAAUUGAUCUUUGAAUUUGUGACAUUCUAGUGAUCCUUUAAAGGGACACUAUAGUCACUAUAAGCAUUUCAUCUCUUUAAAUUGGUUAUAGUGCCUGGAGUGCCCUGGCACUGUCCCUCCAUUCAGUAAUGCACCAUGUUCGUGCAGUAUGCCACAAAAUAAGAGUCCCUGGCCACCCACAGUCCGGCCCCUUCAGUAUGUGUAGCUAAGGCAGAGAUUACAGACUUCCUUGUUGUCAUACCCAUUCAUACCGUCAGUUAGAACUCUGACAGGCUAAAAGCAGUCAGCUGACACUCUCAGCCAAUCACAGCUGCCUAUUGCUGCUCAGGCUAAUACGUCCUUAUUAGCCAAAGCAGCACAGAGGGGAUGGAUUGCCGGGGAAUCUUGUUUAGCAUUAAAACAUUAAAAGUUUAAAAACUGUUUAAUGCUGAAAGAAAUGAUGGUACCAGAGGACUCCAGACACUAUAACCAGUUUAAUGAGAUGAAGCAGAUACAGUGCCUACGGUGUCCCUUUAAGUGUUUAGCCCUUUGAAUGGAUACACACAAAGACGGCAGAGCUACUUCUGUAUUCAGACCUCACAAUCAAUAGCUGAUUAAUUUCCUUUUAGACCAUGCUGGGUGUGCAUGCAAAUGUAGUAAAGGAAUAGCACAGUUCUUUACCAAGCCAAUUAAAACUGGAUAAUGUCUCCUAUGGUAAUCCUUAUUCAUGAUUACUAAUGGAAAAAUAAGCAGUGAAAGCAGAUUGCAACAUUUCCUACCAUAGAAGCCAAGUCUGAAAAAUAACUGUAUCCUGAUUUGGUCUAAAUUUGACAAUAUGGAUUCUAGUUCACAAUAAAUAAAUCCCUACAUGCUUUACAUGUAUUUCCAAAAAGCUGCCUUCAUUUGCUCAUGGCUAAUACGUCCUUAUUAGCCAAAGCAGCACAGAGGGGAUGGAUUGCCGGGGAAUCUUGUUUAGCAUUAAAACAUUAAAAGUUUAAAAACUGUUUAAUGCUGAAAGAAAUGAUGGUACCAGAGGACUCCAGACACUAUAACCAGUUUAAUGAGAUGAAGCAGAUACAGUGCCUACGGUGUCCCUUUAAGUGUUUAGCCCUUUGAAUGGAUACACACAAAGACGGCAGAGCUACUUCUGUAUUCAGACCUCACAAUCAAUAGCUGAUUAAUUUCCUUUUAGACCAUGCUGGGUGUGCAUGCAAAUGUAGUAAAGGAAUAGCACAGUUCUUUACCAAGCCAAUUAAAACUGGAUAAUGUCUCCUAUGGUAAUCCUUAUUCAUGAUUACUAAUGGAAAAAUAAGCAGUGAAAGCAGAUUGCAACAUUUCCUACCAUAGAAGCCAAGUCUGAAAAAUAACUGUAUCCUGAUUUGGUCUAAAUUUGACAAUAUGGAUUCUAGUUCACAAUAAAUAAAUCCCUACAUGCUUUACAUGUAUUUCCAAAAAGCUGCCUUCAUUUGACCUUGAUUCUAUGACUCUUUCAACAGCAGUAAUGUCAGUCGCUGUCCGUGGUACUUACUAUUUACACUCUGUGUGUGUAUACACAGUAAUGCUAAAUACUGAUAUUAAUACAGAUAACUUCAAUUGGGCAACAACUAUAUGUUUUCUCAAACAGAACUCUCAGUGAUCCAUUAAUAAACACAAUGUAUCACAAUGUGGAGAAAGGUGCUCAAUGUACGACAAAAUGAUCUAUCUAUUGGUAAUGUAAUCUAUGUGUCCCACAGAUUUUCAUUUAAUUAUAAUUUGAUGGAAUUGUUUUGUUGAUAAAUAUGUUUUCAUUUUUGAAAAAACUAAUAAACAAAAAUUUUAAAAUACAUUGUAAGGAGCAUGCAGAAUGUCCUAAAUGAGACAGCAGCAGAUUGAGUACCCCUAGCCAAGGGGGUUGCGGAGGGGGGAGGGGUGAAUGGGCUCGUGGCAUACCGUCGCCCUGGUUUGCUGUUGAAGUUGUGUAGGAGUAUAUGUGCCAGGGUUCCGUCUCCCAGGGGGGUUGUCCUUUGUUAGGCUAACCCAUUAGUGUGUCGCUAUAUCGAUGGGUAUAUUGUGCACAGUGUUGAAAAGUAGGAAGAGAGAUAAUAGUGAGAAUGUUGCGAAGAGAAAAGUAAAACAUUGAUUAAAUCAUAGAACAAACUUGUUGAGGUGGCAGUCCCAAGUAACGGUGAAGCCUCUAUCUUCUUUUGUGGUUCAGGUCACGUGAGAGUUCUGUCUGUGAUGUGAGGCCCAUAGUUGUCAGCAUUGCGGGGAUUUCUUCUUGGGAUCAUAUUACAUGAGCUGUCCCGUUCUUGGUUACUUGUAGGGUGCCCAGGGGUCCCCAUCGGUAGGGUAUUCUGGCUGUACGUAGUUUGCGCUACUGCAAUGUAGCUUUGGAGAGAUCUUGAUAGAACGAGAGUUGGGAGUUCUUAAAUUGUACCGGGGUUUUGCCCCACAGGGUUGACAUAAUGCGGGUUCGGUCUGCGUAUGAAGUGCAUUUCAUGAUAACAUCUCGUGGUGUAGCAUUGGUAUUUUGUGGGCUCCUGGCAAUUUGGUAGACCCCAUCCAGAGUCAUCUUCUUGGCGAUCCCUGAUGGUAGUAUGGUUGCCAAAAGCCUCCAGAUAUAGUGGGGCAAUUCCUCCGCUGUUAUCUCUGUGGGUAUUCCUCGGAUUUUAACGUAGGUGCAGCGGUGGCGGUCCUCCAGUGCUGUCAGUUGCAUGAGCAUGGAGUGCUGAUUACCUUGGAGCUGAAGGACCGUGUCGCUAAGCAUGGUGACCGCUGCUUGCACCUCUCGUAUAGUGCCUUCUGUGGCCUGUACCUUGGUGGCGACUGCUUGGAUCUCCUUUUGUGCAAGGACCGCCAUCAUCCUAUGCCAGUCUGUUAAUAAGGCCCUGAGGUCGUCCUUUGUGGCUGACGAUCCUCCAGUGAGUGCCUGGGGAGGCUGUAGUUUUGCCUCAGGUGUCUGGUUGGGCUCUGGUCUUUGAGCCUCCUGUGGUUGCUGGGAUGAGGCUGCGUCUGGGCUGUCCCCUGUCUGGCUUGUUUUGCCUUGCUGGGGUUUUUGGAGCAUAGCUCCGAUAUCCCUGCCUUCUGGUUUCUGGGACCGUCGGCCCAUUGUGCACUCUGGCGCUGGAGGUAGAGAGGGUAAGUCUCGGAUAUUCCUGGGCGCUCUGUAUGCCAGUGAUCCGCCCAGGAACGACUCCAGGGAGAUGCGUGAUGGCUGGAGGUAGGCCGCAGCCUUGCGUUUUGGCGUGGGUCACCCUAUGGGAUACCGGAAAGGCAUCAAUCGGUGCAGCGCUUCACCCUGGGUGGUAUGGUGAUGUGUCCGUUUGUCUACGGAGUCUGUUGCUUACGGUAUGUGCCGUUUAAAUUUGCGAUUAUCGGGAGCUGACACAUAUGGCGUCUGUCCUGUCCCACUAGCAAGCUCCGCCCCCUCAUAAGAACUUUAACUUAAUGACAUUUAGUGUAUAGAUCAUUACUCUGCAGUCUCACUGCUCAAUUCUCUGCCAUUUAGGAGUGAAAUCACUUUUGUUUCUGCUUCUGCCCCCGGCUGCGGUUUACACAUCCUACAUGAAAAAAUGGUUUUAUUUUAAAUCAGACAUGACAGUGUGUUUACUUUAGACAUUUUUAUCUUCUGCUCUGUGAGUUCAACUUUAACCCCUUAAGGACACAUGACAUGUGUGACCUUCUUCUUCUUCAAAAUGUGAUAUAUUACUUGCAGUAUAAUAGGUUUAUGUAUUGUUAUUAUAUUGUCUUGUGUGUAUUACUGUAUCCGCAGUACACAGCUGUUUAUUUACUCUCUACUCCUUUGAUCCGGGCAAUUUCAAAAUCAGUGCAUGACAUCAGAAAAGUAAAUAUGUCCUAAUCAACACGAUUGAGCACACAAAUAGGUAAAUAAGACACACUUGUAUUUUCUCUUUGAUUCCUUGUGGCAGUAUGCAUGUCUGCCAGCAGGAGAGUGACAUUCUGAAUGAAUCAUUUAAUAAAUAAAGUGCUUCAACUCAGCAUGUACGUCUCCUUAUGAGUUUGAAAUCACACAUUUUAUUUUCAAAUACCUAGAAUUGAAAGCACAAAUCUGUCACUUUCAUAUCUAAGUUGAUGGAUGUAAUUCCUGGAUAACAUCUGAGACAUCAUUCGUGUAGGAAUGCGGAAUAUUUUAUGCUGUCAAAAUUUCCAUCAUUGCAUUAAACAUAUACAUCUAUUAAAAUAGAGAUUUGCAUCUCUAAUCCACAAAUAAUGUAGCAACUCUCAUCUAACAGUGCAUUUGAUAUAUUCAAGAAUAUUCAGAGGUUCUAAUGUUACUCUUAUAAAUGACACUAGACUUGACCACCGCAAAAAAAUUCAGUUUUGUCAAAUAUAUUUUUUUGAAUUCUUUAUUUUUGUAGUGCAUGUUGCAAACAAUACAAGUAAUUAGCCAGAUAAGUCAAUAAAAGCAGAAAUAACAAAAUUAGUAAUUGAAGACAGAUUUCUAGCACUAUAUUCGUAUGUUAUCAAGAGUUAACUGUCCUAUGCAACACUGGUGAGAGUGAUACGGGGUUGGACCAGAUUGGUGUCCCAGGCUGCCUAGGAAAUUCAACAGUUAUGCAUUGAAGAGUGUCAGUAGGUGAAAGCAUUUGCUUACCGCAUAUUGUUAUAUAAAAAUACAAGGUGGAUGAGCUUCUAGCUACAGCCUGCUAUUACAGAGUGAGCCGUGACUUGUGAUUAUGUGCAAGUGAAAUACAUAAACCAAUUAUUGCCUACGAGUAGACUGUCCAAUAGCCAGUUAGCUGGUGUAAAAAAAAUACCCCUGAUCUAUGGGGUCAGGAGGGUGUUAAAGGUAUAUCACACCUAAAAGAGUAUGUGAUCGGCCAAUCCUGUUUGGAUUGUAGUUUUCUGAGGAUUACCAGAAACCCAUCUCAGUCUUUAAGCUAUAGCAACUAGUAUAGUAAUUAGAGCAUGAGAUACUGAGGCAUGAAUAACACGUGGUAAACUGAAAACAAACUAAAAUAAAAAGACAAAGAAACAAAAAGAAAAAAACACUGGUUGAAUGUAAACCACUGCAUGGUUGUAUAUCUUCUUGCCAAGUGGGUCCUUGGUUGCUAUCAGGUAUGGUUAGUACCAAUGCAGCAAAGAAUGCCUGGGCUGUGUGUAGUUCCAUUGUGGUUCACCACUAGGGUGCCUUGGGUCCCCCAACAGUAAGGCCCACCAGAGGAUUGGAGGUAGGUAGUGACAGGGAUCAGGGUCCUGCACCACUGCAAUGUUGCCCUAGAGAGGUCCUGGAAGAAAUGUAGUGAGGAGUCCUCGAAAGUCAGCAGGGUGUUAUCCCGUAAUACUGCCAUGAUGCGGGCCUCUCCGCUGUUGAGGCAUCUCACGGCUCUACAGGAGAGGAUUUGGCAGUGCUAGCGAUCCAGGAAUGUGCCAUCCAGAGUAAUUCUCUUGGCCACUAUUGGUGAUAGAAUGAAAGGUAAGCAGCCCCCGGAUGUGGUACGGCAGCUCUUCAGCCACUACAGUGGUGGGGAUGCCGCAGAUCUUUAUGUUGUUGCGGCAUUGUUGGUCUUUGAAAGCUGUCAUAUUGUGGUAAGUAUGGAGUUGCUGGACUGCUCCAUUCAGGUGAGUUUCUGUGGUUCGGACAUCUGUGAUAUCCUCUUCUGCCACCUUGACAUGUUCAGUGUUAGCCUGGAUCUCUGUUCUUAUAAGAGCUAGGUCAUCAUUUUGUGGAGAUCUAAGAGUAGAAUUUGAAGAUCCCCUUUGGUGGUUGGGGCCGAGCUAUCCGUGUGUUGCAGGCUUAAGGGUUGCUCAGGUUCAGGAGCAAUCAUGGCCUCUUGGUUCCUGCUUUCAGACAUUAGAGUUGAUGCAGCAGCAGUGUGGCAGGUCUCCGCUGGUGUUAGUUUAGUUGUCGUGGGCCUCUGGAGCAUGACCCCAAUGUCCCUGUCGGGAUUUUGUAUUUGGCGUCUCAUACUCGAGGUGCCAGGUAGUGGAGUUAAACCGGGCUGUUCUGGCUUGUUUGGGCUGUGUGCCUCUAGGAAGCUGUUGAGGAGUGAUAGGCCCCGGUUUUGCGCCUUUGUUUGUAUUGUCUUAGAGAGCACUGGAAAGGCAUCUACCGAUGUGGGAAGGUGUCUCGAUAUCGAUUCUUGGGUUGGUAGGGCUGGAUGGCGCAUUGGUAUAGAGAUAUAAGGUGAGUUUCCCAAGGCCUGCGAGGAGCUUUCAGAAAUGGCAUCUGAUCAGGAUCAUGCGUUAGCUCCACUACUUGUCAGAUAAUUUAUUUUGUAGAUUGGCCUAAUGUCGAUUCGGGAACUGCUUCGCUGAAAGAGGCCAAAAAAGAUGCAAAAAUGGGCCAAUAUGUGUGCUAAACAAUAUAUACAUAAUGUAAUAUUAUGCAUAUAUUUAUUAGUACACUGAUAAGAGCAUUUUCAAAUAAAAAAAAGUAACCAACAGGAGGAGCAGUAAAAAAAUAAAAAUAAAAUCUACAUUUACAUAUUAUAUAUUUAUUAGAUACAGUGCCCUCCACUAAUAUUGGUAUCCUUGGUAAAUAUGAGGAGAGAAGGCUGUGAAAAAUUGUCUUUAUUGUUUAACCUUUUGAUCUUUUCUUCGAAAAAUACACAAAAAUACUUUGCUCUCAUGGAUGUCCAACAAUUGCAAACACAACUCAGGUUUAUCCAAUCAUUUAAAAAAAAAAAAAAAUGAUUUUUUUUGUUGUAAAUCUUUUAAAAAAAAAUAGAUUCGAGGUGACAGUUGUCCUUUAUUUUUUUUUGGUUCCGAAAAGUGUUCCUUUAACUGUAAGAAACGAAUGUUAGUGGACAUUUUAUUGCAAUUAAAUGUAGACUACUAUGAGCUCUGGUGAUAGCUUCAGUUGUGUGAAUAGUUUUUUUUUCUUGUAUUUGAAUUUAUGUAAUAUAUUACAUACAUAUUAUUAUUAUUAUUAUUAUUAUUAUUAUGUUAUUUAAAUAGCGCCGUCAAAUUCCACAGCGCUUUACAAUUGGUGGACGAACAGACAUGUAGUUGUAACCAGACAAGUUGGACACACAGGAACAGAGGGGUUGAGGGACCUGCUCAAUGAUAGAGAGAGUGGGGUAAAGUGACACAAAAGGUAAGGAUAGUAUUAGACUAGUGACAGUUGCAGAAGAGGAAUCAGUCGGGAGCUAUUAACAGUUUAUAUUUUUGUAUAUGUCAUUGCUCCAUCAGCCUUGAUACAUCAAUGACUUAAGGUUGCUUUUAAGGACUUGCAAUCCCAUACACCUAAAUGCAAUAUUGAACUAACAUUGACCCCAGGCGAUCCCAGAGAUCGCUCGCCCUGCAUCAGGCGAUGUCCGGGAAUGUCAUACUUUGCUGAAUUGUGGGUUAAAAGUCGUAAGGUGCUUGAUUGCAAGUAUGUUCUAGCAUGUAUAGAAAUAAAUCUGUCUUAAGUCAUGUUUUACGUAAACCUUUGAUAUAUGAAAGCAUACCUGGCGCACCGCAUUGCUUCACUGAUCCUUGAUUAAGAAAAGGGGCUUAGUGCACCUUUCAAUAUAAAACCUGUGUAAAUGCCAGUUAUAUAAAAAUAAUAGCAAAUUAAAAGAAUGUGGCCAAAGUUCUCGGACAGGCAAUAAUUAACAAUGAACAGAAAGGCUAGUUCAGUGUUACACUUCAGUGGAGCCAGUUCCAAGACUAGAUCUGAACCUUCGCUCUCUAUGCCUUGUAAUAACUUAAACUAGAAGGCCAGAGAUAUACCUCUGACAGUGUGCUAAAUCAGGAUAUUUCUAUAAAGUAUAUCUGCUCAAUACCCAUGUUCGUUGGUUUUGUUGUUUUAUUUCUCCUGUAAUCAUAAAUGCUAUAUAGCCAUAUACACAGCCAAGGGAGGAUCAAAUGCUGAGGGUGCAAUGUAUAGCAUUUAGAUAAGGUAAAUAUAUGUUUGUGCACAGGGCUAAGCCAUUUCAUAAGGGUGUGCACUACAGGGUUUUGUGUUUUGUUUUUUCAUAGAAAGAAAACUGCUAUUAAAAAUCACUAUUAUGAUAGUCAAGUAAACUAUAGUUACAAAAUAUAAACUGUAGUUGUUAUGGUACCAAGAGUUCCCUGGCACCCCCCUCCUCCCGAUCCCCCCAUUCUAAGGAGGCAAACUGUUUUUUUUUACCUGGGGUCCCCUGGGCACCGCUCCCUACUCCCACUACUUUCUAUGGAGAGCCAGAAGCUCUCAGUCUGAACUAAACCCAUUGAUAAAGACCAGUUCAUAGGUCGAAACGUUGCUGUGUUUUUCCGAUCCUAUAAAUCUGCCUAUGGCUUUAAUUCUGUGAGUGCCUGAAGACUGUUUUGUUUUAUCAUAUAUGAUCUGGAUUUGCUGGUCCUGCUUCGGCCAAGCACCCGGUUUUAAGUGGAAGUGGAGUGCGGUUCCUUUUCUCCUGUUGAACUAAACCCAUUGGGGCUUAUUUCGUUCAUUGCAAAUAUAGGGGAAAUAUUGCACACUAUCCUUCCUGCAUGCUUACUUUGAUGGUGCCAUGGUUGGUAGAUGAAUAAUAUUUUUGCUAUAAUUUUGCUUUGUUUUGCCUCUUGUUAGAAUUUGAAUGAUGCUGAAGAAAGAUUUGUUUUGGAGACUCUAUCAGGAAAUAUACACUAUAACAAAAUUCUGGACAUAGUUGCUGGAGGCUUCUAUGCGAGAGAUGGGCUGCAUUUACCUCUGUCGGAGCGCUGUUUGUAUACCGGUAAGAUAAAAAUGUAUCAUUCAUAGUACCAUCCUUCAGCGUGAAAACAAUGAAUGUGCUUGUUAUCAAAGUACUGCGAGUACCAUUCCAUAGAUCCAUUUGCUCUGGCAGGACUGGUUGUAUUUAUGGCCAUUUUGAUUGCACAUAGAGCUUUGGUGAUGGAUAACAUAUUUUAUCACCACACAUCUAGGCUUUCAGAUACUGGGACUAAUUACCUCCAUCCUGCCCCGGCAUAUUAUACAGUAUAUAUAUUUAUAUUUAUAUGUAUAUACCUACUACACCAUGAUUACAUUGGGAGAUAACUAUCAGAAUAUAUAAGAUUUCUCUUAUAUUUAUUUAGUUGGGAUUUAAAAAAACAAAACAUUUUUCUAUUUAUUUGUCACAUUACUCUAAUGCAGAUAGAAAUGACUGUGUAUCAUAUAACUCAUACGUCAUAUAAUAUAAAUACUGUUAGAAUAAUUCCAGUCAUUCCAUUUGUCUCUGAAUUUAGCCUCCAUAACAAUGCCUGAAUGACACACUUGCAGGGUUAUUUACUAAACAGGGAAGGAAAACUUAAGCCCAAAGUAGCUGCACUGAAAGCAUUGAUGACUUGGAGAAUUUUACAGUUUGGCUAAUUUGGCCUUAAGUUUGAAAUUCACUUUGAAUUCUCACUUUAAUUAAUAAUCCUGUCUGUGUUUUCUUUUUUUUUUACCUAAUAAUGUGAGAGGAAUACCUAAAAAAUACCUAAAAAAAAUAAAUAGAAAAAUCUAUUCUAAUCCUAUUGUAAAACAAGGUUACCAAUGUUUACAAUGUAUCACCCCGUGGGUUAUAGUGCACUUUGGAAUACCAUACCAUUCUUGGUCAAGCUAUAGUUAUUGAGUGUGUACAAUAAAGCUCUGCAUUUCUUUGUGUAUUACAGUCAUAGGUUAUAUAGCUACAUUCAAGAUGGAUGAAUACGGUAUUGAAAAAUUUGCUAAAAUUCUCAAGUCUCAAGAUAUCCACAAAAUGUGCAAGGUAAGGAGAAAGUGGGGCAGCUGGGCUUUCCAUUAAUACAUCAAUUUCUCAGAUGGUCAAUUUUGGCAUAGAAUGACCGAAUUGGAACAUUUGAAGUGAUUUUAUUAAGUAGUUUAUGAGUUAUGUGAAUAACAUUGAAACAUUGAAAAUGUAGCAUUGGAGGUUUAUGCAGAUCUGUGAGCAAAAUUGCUGCACAUAUCUCUUUGAAAUUUGGCAAUGUAAAAUAUCAUUUUGAGAUCUCAUGCUCUUUCAUUGAGUAGAAAUUAGUACUUUAUUUAGUUUUGAGCAGAGGGUGCUGAUUAAUGGAAAACUCUCAAAAGGGUCUUUGGCUGGCUGGAUAGUGCACCUCCCAAAGGUGAAACCCCUCUCCCUCAAACUGGACCUCAAACGGUGCUGGUUGACAAGCCAACUCGUGGAGCCAUCCGGACACAAAAAGAUGAUUAUAAAACCUAUUGGCAUAAUGGGAUUAGUUGGAGAAUAAAGUGUACAUUAAUUAAGGGAAGUAGGCCACCAUUUUCUGUGAUACCUAAACACACAGUUCUUGAAGACCAACCUAACAUUGAUUAUAGCACAGAUAUAGUAAAACAUUUCUUAUUCCACCCAUUCCUAUUUAAAUAGCUUCAGUUAAGAUAUUUAGAGAAAACAUAAUCAUAAGAGACAUAACGGGAUUAUUUUAUGGUUACUGCAAAAUUAGCUUUAAGUAUAUUUUGUACAUGAUAAAGAAGAAGCCACUAAACAAAAAGGAAUAAACCAAGCCAAGCCGAGCCAAGUCAGCCCAAACCUGUUUAUAAUAAUCCAGUAGUUUCCAACAGUUCGGAAUUUAAACAUGCCCUAAUUCUGUUCCUAUUAGAAUACUGAGAAAACCUAAACUGUUGGUGUUCCUUAAACAGUGGGUUUGGGACCACUACUGUAGAAGUUAACUGAUGUCAAACAUUUAAUGUGUUUUGGAUUUUGCACAAACUCUGUUACCACCAGUAACAUAAACUCUCACUAGUGCACAACUAAAACAUAAGAAUUUCUGCACUUUGUUGGGGUGAAGAAAUGUUGGAUCAAGUGAAGAUUAUGUCCCCCUGACCUCAACCAUCAACUGUCACUCUUUGAACAUAACCAUCACUGUCACUAUUAGAGUAUAUACACUACUGUCACUUUUAGGGUAUAUAUUCUUAGGGUGUAUAUAAGUCAUUCUUACGGUAUAUAUAUUGCCAUUUUUUUUUUGUGUUGCCCUGAAAUUAAAAUGAAUUAACACUUCUUUGAGAACACACUCCAGCCUAUUAUAGCUGGUAUGAAUAACACCAAUGUCAUCGAGUUCACGAAACAGCGCUAUUUCCUUGCAAACAAUCUGGACUAUAAAAACGGCCAUUAACCUCAAUGUUGGAUAGCUUGUUGCCAAUGUUCCUGGAAAUGUAUUAACAAGAAUAGUGCGUAAUAGUGGUUAGCCAUCAGAAAGGGCUCUUUCUUUGAAAAAUCACAAAUCUCACAGAAAAAAAGUGGCUACACAUUACUUAGCUCUGGUGUUAUGAAACCUCCAUGAUUUGCUUCCAACAUAUCUUGCAGAAUUCAUGUGGAGAGAUCAGUUCGCAAAGAUGCAUUUUACGCUCUGCUUCUGCAUAUUGCAGAGCAGUUUCCUGUUUAGUAAAUCUAACUUGUUUCAUCCAAAAAAUCUUUACUUUUUAAAUAUACGUUUUCAUUUAUUUCAACUAGGUGUGGGGGAUAUAUACUUAAUUUAUGUCAAGUGAAGUUUAUGUCCAAGGGGGACAUAACCUGGGGACAUAAUCUUUCACUUGAUUCGAAAUGUUUAGCUUGAGAUUAUCUUUGGACAGAAAUCAAUGGUUGAAUAAAACCAUGACAUAAUAAAUGACAACACAGAGGCUUAUCAUGCUAAUUACCAGGCUUAUGAUCAAAAUUAAAUCAAGAAAUAGUUCAUAGGUCAUGGUAGAUAGCAAGAGCCAGGGAGUGCAGGUAUCAUGUAAACUAAAACUAGAGAAUGGAGUGUGGGACUUGCCAAGUGACAGGUACAGGUACUCACUGGCCAGAUGGAUAUACCUUGCCUUGCCAGUUGGAUAUACCUAUCUCAAUUUCAUGUUUCACAACACAAUCAGACCCUUUCUGGUGUGUAACAUAGCAGUGGUUUGCAUAAUGUAUCUUAGUGAACCAUUGUGAAGGCAUCUGCAUUGUCAAAAAUGGAAUGUUCAACAAGUAGAGUCAGUGAUAAGCCAGCAAUAACCAUUGGUCAUGGCAAGUGUUAGAGUCAAGGGAAUGAAAUCUUUAAUGCCUAUGAUUACAGAAAUAAAAAGAAUGUAUUAUUAACUAGAAAACUGAGUUAAAACGAGUAUGGCAGAGUGGAUAGACCAAGUUCAUUACCUUAAUGAUCUUGUUUCAGUCCAGUUAGCUCUGGGGGUUAAAUACCUGCUCAAUACAGCAAGCACGCUCUGGCUAUUCAGUUCUACAUUUCUGUCAUAAAUACACAAAAACAAAGAAAAGCCUGCUGACUGUGGUUUGAACAUUAAUUUUGUAAUAUAAUCAAUCAUCACACUUUCACAAAUUCUAAAUGAACACACUAACCAGUAAAUAAAAGCCACAUAGAAAUCAAUUAACCAGUCUGGUGGUUUUACAAAUAAUAUGAUUUAUUACAAUUUUCAUUAUUAACAGAACAAUAAAAUCCAAACUAAGCAAUGGUAAAUAACAUUAUCAGUAACGGGAGAAUAUUAAAGGCAAGUAAAAAAAAACAAAACAAAAAACAAAGCAGGAAAAACAUAAAAACAAGUACAGAAGGAUCUUCAAUUCUUGUAAAGUUGUAGUAUGAAAAAGUGGGCCAUGUUUUGUUGUCCAGAGAAUGUUACCAAAAAGGAGGCAGUUUUUACAUAUAGUUUCUUCUAUGUAUAUGAUAUUAUUGACAUGUUAUACAGCAUUAUAAGUAUAUUAUAAAAAUCAGUUAGAACCUUAACAUGUUGAUGUUCACUAGAACAAGUGUCUGGUGUGAUUUCCAAGGGUCCAGGACAAUCCCACCACAUGUUUAUCAGUGCUGGAUUUAUGGCUUUUCUGGCCUGGGGCUGAAAGCUUUAAUGGGCCUAAUGAGAUGAAUUUGCAUUUCCGCUGUCUACUUACUUAACAUAUAGAUCACACCCACCAAUGGCCCACACAACAACUAAAACAGUAUACACUGCCUUUUCUGAGAUAGCCAGCUAAUAUUACACUCUAGCAUUGUUUGUAUGUCUGCCAGUGUGUUCCUUUAAUGACUGUACUCCAUCCCUUGCCACUGGCCUUUAUAUUUAUUAUAUAUUUGUUUUCUUGUGCCGGAUCUCAAUACCUGGACACAACCAGUUUGUUCCCCUCUAUCCAUGCUGUCCGCUGUUUGAUCUUGUGGUUAAAUUUGAUUGGCUACUGAAGUAGAAUCUUGCUUUAAGCUCCACGGCCUCCACCCAUUGUCAAGUUUUGUCAACUUGACUGCUAUACAUAAGGUAAAUUAGACCCUACUUUUCAUUAUGUAUUUUAAGAAAACUGGAAUGCACAGGAAAAAGGAAAGUGAAAUUCAGACGUAGGGAGCUAUAUAGAAACAGAUUAGAUGAAGCUUGUUUUUGGUGACAGAUCUGCUUUAAAUACACUAAUCUUGAGGCUGAUAGGCUAAUGAGAUCAUUUAGAUUGCAAAAGUCAUGUGAGAAUUGGAAGUUACGAGGUUCAUAACGUUGAGUGAAGCAAAGAGUUAUAGACCUUACUAGAAUAUGCAGACAGUCAAAACAAGAUAGAGAUCAAACAAUCUAGAAAAAUGUCUUGUUCCAAGAUGUGAGCUAGAUACCAGCUUGAACACCAUGUCAAAUGAAUCGAAACGUACAUAAACAGUGAUUUGAUUUUCUGGUAUGUCAUUUCAGUUUAAUUGUUUCGUACAUUUACAAAAAGGUGGAUUAUGAGCCCCUAAUAAAGAGCUAUUAGGCACUUUGAAGUUUGAUGCAAUCUGCUGAAACAAUUACUUUGUCCAAAAUUAUAGGGCAUUUAAAAAACAGCAUUUAUUUUAAUGGCUGCUACUUUGGCAAUCCAGGUAACCUUACAUUUGAUCUAGCAUUGUUGAAACAUUUAACCCCUUAAGGACACAUGACAUGUGUGACAUGUCAUGAUUCCCUUUUAUUCCAGAAGUUUGGUCCUUAAGGGGUUAAACAGAGUAUUGUCACAUGUUUACAUACUGGACAUGUUCAGUUUAAGAUGUAUAGCUAGGGUUCUGAUAGAUUAAGUGCUAAAUUGAAAAUUAAAUUGAAUAAUGACAUUUCGCAGGAAGAUGGUGCAUUAAAGCUUCACAUUCUGUUUCAUUUUUUUUUUUUUUUAAAUUCUUUAUUUUUGUUCGUGCAUAAGGUUAACAUGCGAAUUUGCACUGCCACAAUAGCUGGUGCACUCAAAUUUGCAUACACGCUUAGUCACAUGGCGUUAAUGACAUUGCACUUUUUAGUAGAUUAAAUAAACAGGAUAAUUUCUCAUGCUUAUAAAGACAAAUAAAAGUAGCAUUUUGAUUCACAGAUAUGUGUCACUUUGUAGUCAUAGUAAGAUUAACGGUCGAGCUGGAACAUUGCAUUACAGAGCAUAGUUUUACACUUGUAGCUUUGCGUUGGAUUGUACUGUGGUAUGCUCUUGGUACAUUCUGUGCUGUGAUUUGUAAUUAUGCCCCGCUAGGCCGAAGAAACAUAAACACAAAGAGCCUUCUCAUAUGGUCAGUGGCACUAGGUUGAGUAAUGCCUAUUGAGAGAUAAAGAGCUUAGAUUUUACCAGGGAAACUAACUGGGUGCUUGACAGCUGAAGACAAGCAUGCAAGAUGGUCCAAGAUGGGACACAUGAGGACUAUAUUAGCCGUGUAGUUUAAAUGCUUUGCUGAAUAUGGAAGUGGGCCAGCUGGGGUAGCCUAUAUUCGGCCUGACCGGAGCCAACACAAAUCCCCCCUGCAUUUAUGGUAGGGACACUGAAGGUCAUGGUUUAUGUAUGAUUGGGGGUUGAUAUCCUGCCAGGCUUAAGUUGGUAGAGUAAAGUUGUGGUGCUUUCUAUUUUGCAUAUGGCAGGGUCCCAGGUGAUAUCCUAAGAAGCUACCUCGCCUACCAUUUGGGGUUCCCGCAUACAUUUCUAGGUAACAGAGGAGUAGCUUUGGGGCGCUUGCUAAGGAGGCGAGCGUUAGUAUGUUAUCCAUCGCUUACUACACCACAUAUGGAACUCAGUAUAGAAAUAAAGGCUGCAGAUUAUGUAACAUUGCUUUUCCUGCUAAAUAGGCUGCUGUUUUGCUUAAAUUCAGUAAUAGCAUAUUUUAGACUAAAAAGUUAACCAUCAGUGUAAUGCCUUAUAUGAUCAUGUUCGAGUUGCUAUCUCAAGUUAUGCUGGUCUAAUGCUAUGCUGUAUAGGUUGUCACAUAAGAAAAAAAAAAGAAAAAAAGGGCAAAGGCAAAAGCUCUGUAGGAAGUAAUGUAAAAUGAAAAUAAUAACAGGUUAAAGGCUAUUAUUAUACACUUUUCUAGCCUGUAAAAUGCAAGUCUUAUGUUAUGAGGUAUGGUGAGAGAGUCCAAUUGUAGUGAGGUGUGCGCCUGGUAGGCUCCGUUCGUGUGCAGCUGCUCAGCCGAUCCCCUCCGAGUGCCUAGUACAGUCCCUGGGGAGGUUGGCAAGGGAGGGCCCCAAGUAAGGGUUACAAUUCAGCAUGGUGUCGAGUGUUGCAGCGUGGCGGUGGCAGACGUCUCAGGUAUCCCGGGAACCUGCAGCAAAUGUCCUCUUCUAGCUGUAGGUUAUGUUGCCUAUGGAUUUCAGCUGCGGCAUGAAGAGUUCAUAGGUGCUGUUGCCCCCUUGUGGUUGGGUUGUCAUCAGACGCUGCAGCCCUGUUGUACAGGUGUAUCAGGCAGAAAUCCCUCAUUAAAGUGUCACCUCCUGCCGGGUCUGCCCGCAAGUUCUUUGAAGGGGGAGCAGUGUGGGCUACUUCUAAACCUCGUUGCCUGUUUUGGUGAGUAGCCUGUAGUGGAUUCGGUUUUGGCGCCAUCACAUAUGGCCUCCGCCAUCUUGACUGCUGUGUCCUGGUGUCGGAGCAGGGCGGCCUUGCUGCUGCGCCCUGGGUGGUCGGGGCGUGCGGGGGUGAGAACCGGGAUCACCCCCCCGGUCCAGAGGGGGGGGACGGGGCCAUUUCCCAACGGGUCUGGCCUUGGCUGAGCACCGAUGGGCAGGAUAGUGGGGCAGCGGCCGUCUGCUCCACUCACCGCCGGAGUAGGCCUCGUUUGCGCCAGUGAGGAUUCUUCCUCCAGGGGACUGAAACCAGGCAGGCCAGCCUCACCCUGGGUCCGGUACUCUCCACCCGAUGAGGUCCACCGCAGCUGGUCGGCUUUGUAUGCCAAAAGUCUGGUUUUCAUGCUUAUUUUGUUUUAAGUUUCAGGAGCUGGUCUGACAUGCGACCAUCUUGCUUGGCGGCCUGGCCCCGCCCCCCCAUUCUGUUUCAUUUUAAUUAAUAAACAUAAAUGACAGCAAAAGUCAUACAAAUUAUCAAAAGUCUGGUAAUAGGCAUAUUUUGUAAAUUGACAACAGCAAGUAAAGUGUUUUUUAUACUUUAAAUAAAAAAACAACUGCAAAAAACAACUGUGCCACUUGCAGCCUCCAUUUCAAUCUCCCAAAAGCCAAAUGUUCCUCAGUAGAAACUUAUUUUAGCUCUCCUGAGCUAAACCCUGCUAUGUGGGGCUUAGCUGAUUGGCUGAUCGCUGUCAGCUGAUUGCUAUCAGUUCAUUAGCUCUCCUGAGCUAAACCCUGCUAUGUGGGGCUUAGCUGAUUGACUGAUCGCUGUCAGCUGAUUGCUAUCAGUUCAUUAGCUCUCCUGAGCUAAACCCUGCUAUGUGGGGCAUAGCUGAUUGGCUGAUUGCUAUCAGUUCAUUAGCUCUCCUGAGUUAAACCCUGCUAUGUGGGGCUUAGCUGAUUGGCUGAUCGCUGUCAGCUGAUUGCUAUCAGUUCAUUAGCUCUCCUGAGUUCAGCCCUAAAUUGCAGUCCUAACACUGACAGGAGAGAUAAAGAACGUUCCUGCAGAGGAACGUACGGUUGCAUAGCAGAUCCCAGGGAAGAAAUAAAACCGUUUAAAACCAGGGCACUCAUGACCAUAACAACUAUAGUGGUCUGUAAUGAUUAUGUUGUUAGCAGUGUUUCUUUUUAAUAAACAUUGUGUAUCUUAAUGCACUCCAGCGACUACAAUUAUUCUAAUACCUUUUUUUUCUCACCUUGCUAUCUGACAACCUCACACUUAAAUUUUGUUUUUAAACGCUAAAAAAAAAAAAAACACAUUUUUUAUUUCCAACUCAAGAUCUGAUAAUGAAAUGAUCCAGCUGUUCUUUAUAAAUACGAGUUCACACAGCAAUGUUAAUGCUCCCGGUUGUGUGUUUAGUGUUGACUUGUUCUUGUCUGCGUGCUGUGAGGUGCAAACAGAAAGAAUUCACUGUUCUCUUGGGAGGUUGGAUACUGAUCCGCACUCUGUCUCGGGUAUUGCCAUCACUGUGGCAAACUCCUGAUGCUGCGCUCUAGGCAAUGGAAAAGAAACAAGUGUUUAUUAAGAGUGGAUAAACACCACAUCAACGAACAUAUGCAGAUCCCAAAUUAGUGCCUAUAAUUAGAUAACUGCUAUUCAGUGAUUCUCGUCUGAUGCUAAAAUAGGCAGUGUUUUUCAGUAGCAAACGAGCCAGCAACACAUGCCUUACUACGUCACACACCAAUAAACCGAGAAGAUGCUUACAUCCCUGGCAUGUGUGCAGUAAUAAAGCAGAAGGAGGGACAGGCAGGUCCAUAGCCUGGGGACAACAGAAUACAGAUUAGAAGAUCUUUUUAAUUUCAUGCACAUUCAUUCUGUUAAAUCAUGAAUGAAGAAAUGGUGCAGCAUAGUUCAUUCUUUAAUAUAAUAACACAUAUUUAUAAUAUAAAAGCAUAUUUAAUGAGGACCUCUAAAAGGUAAAAAGUCACACAAAAUGCUAAGGCAGUUCCCCUUUAUACAGGAGAAACUACCAAGCAAGCUAGUAAAAUAAUAAGCAAACACUAAUAUAAAGCCUAAUGCAUCUUAGAGUAUGGAGUCCGACUGAUAGGAGAAAAAUAUUUGGGAAAAAGGAGUCAGUAAAUUACUUAAUGAUAUCAAAUACUGGAGAUUGGUGCAUAAAUAAGUAUCUCUAAAUAAACAGUGCUACACUGUAACUUUAUUAAACUGCUAAAUCAAAAAGAGAUACACUAGCACCUAAGUAUCAGUAUGGUAAAUCUAAUUCCUAUGGUUAUUUAUAAUAUCAAUCUUAGGUAUAUAGAAAUACUUCGUUGUAAAUGCUGUUCCCAAAUGAGUUUCCAAAAUGGAGUGCCAAAAGAAUGGUGAACAAAACGUUCUAAAUAAAUAUUCCCAGGGAGACUUUAGGUAAUAGUCCCCUAGAUAGCAUGAUAGUAAAAAAUCCCUCUAUAUAGUUGAAAAAACACAAUCUAAGGAAAAUAUAAAGUAGAGGGAAAGGUAUAGCCAAUUCAGAUAUAACGUUAUAAUAUGAACAGAAGGGGAGUUGUCUAAUGACAAAGGAGAAAGAAGAGCGUAUUCAAAAUAUAUAAUAAAAGGAUAUAACCCAAGAAAAAGGCAAUUCUAUCCCUGUUCUAUUAUAAUACCCUAGCUUCUGCUAAUAAACACCUUCAUGGGUGUUCUAUGCUGAAUGGCUAAAUUGAAUACUGUCUUGCUGUCGAUAGAAAACGGACUCCAAACAAAUAGUGUCAAAAAGGAAAAACAGAUUAACAAACAGUGAUCAUAAAAAAGUGAGGGGAGGGUUUCCCUUAGUGCAUAGUAAGUGAUGCACUGUGAUGUGCCGAAGUGCAGUGAUAGGGAAUCCCCCCAUGUAACCCAACGCGCGUUUCGGAGUCUAAAACUCCUUCGUCAGGAGUCAGUAAAUUACUUAAUGAUAUCAAAUACUGGAGAUUGGUGCAUAAAUAAGUAUCUCUAAAUAAACAGUGCUAAACUGUAACUUUAUUGAACUGCUAAAUCAAAAAGAGAUACACUAGCACCUAAGUAUCAGUAUGGUAACUCUAAUUCCUAUGGUUAUUUAUAAUAUCAAUCUUAUAAUAUCAAUACCAAUGCUCAUCCCUCCCAUUAUGAUUUACUGAUUGACUUAUUGAUUAUUAUCUCCUCACUCCCCAUUGUGGGUAUAUUAUAGAAGGGUAAGUGCAAACUUCCCUUAUAAAGUUAUAAUCUUUAGUCGUUGAAACUAUUUCAUUCAUAUUACUUGAGACUUAGUGAGCACAUCGCUUGUGGUUUGAAUCCCUACAGAUCGCCAUAUAUUUUAAACGGCUUCUCUGCAAGAGCAAUAUCCAACAUAAAUAAACAACAUACUAUUUGUGCUCACUUUAUAUUCAUAAUGUGAUAAGCUUUUCAUUCAUGCGAGGGAUGUAAGUCAACCCUCGAUGUGGCUGACAGUUAACUCCACCCAUAUUGUGUUCACGUGGUCUUCAUAUGCCACGUCAUCAGUGACGAAGUGAUGACACCUAUUAUGAUUGGUCAAUGGAUAUUUAAAUAUCGGGGGGGCCUUUUGGCGGUAAUUUCUAACCCCUGACGAAGGAGUUUUAGACUCCGAAACGCGCGUCGGGUUACACGGGGGGAUUCCCUAUCACUGCACUUCGGCACAUCACAGUGCAUCACUUACUAUGCACUAAGGGAAACCCUCCCCUCACUUUUUUAUGAUCACUGUUUGUUAAUCUGUUUUUCCUUUUUGACACUAUUUGUUUGGAGUCCGUUUUCUAUCGACAGCAAGACAGUAUUCAAUUUAGCCAUUUAGCAUAGAACACCCAUGAAGGUGUUUAUUAGCAGAAGCUAGGGUAUUAUAAUAGAACAGGGAUAGAAUUGCCUUUUUCUUGGGUUAUAUCCUUUUAUUAUAUAUUUUGAAUACGCUCUUCUUUCUCCUUUGUCAUUAGACAACUCCCCUUCUGUUCAUAUUAUAACGUUAUAUCUGAAUUGGCUAUACCUUUCCCUCUACUUUAUAUUUUCCUUAGAUUGUGUUUUUUCAACUAUAUAGAGGGAUUUUUUACUAUCAUGCUAUCUAGGGGACUAUUACCUAAAGUCUCCCUGGGAAUAUUUAUUUAGAACGUUUUGUUCACCAUUCUUUUGGCACUCCAUUUUGGAAACUCAUUUGGGAACAGCAUUUACAACGAAGUAUUUCUAUAUACCUAAGAUUGAUAUUAUAAAUAACCAUAGGAAUUAGAUUUACCAUACUGAUACUUAGGUGCUAGUGUAUCUCUUUUUGAUUUAGCAGUUUAAUAAAGUUACAGUGUAGCACUGUUUAUUUAGAGAUACUUAUUUAUGCACCAAUCUCCAGUAUUUGAUAUCAUUAAGUAAUUUACUGACUCCUUUUUCCCAAAUAUUUUUCUCCUAUCAGUCGGACUCCAUACUCUAAGAUGCAUUAGGCUUUAUAUUAGUGUUUGCUUAUUAUUUUACUAGCUUGCUUGGUAGUUUCUCCUGUAUAAAGGGGAACUGCCUUAGCAUUUUGUGUGACUUUUUACUAAUUCUACAAUAAAGGGUUCAUGCCCAUUUUUGGGUGGAGCUAGUACCGCCUAUCCUGACCGAUUCCCCUUAUCCUAGAUUCAACAUUUUGGUUGAUCUACGACUAAAGGGGAAUUCUGCUGUUCUUUAUAUUUGGACCUCUAAAAGGUCCUUGGUAGGCUUUUCUUUUUCCACAAUAUAAUCCUAAAGAUGAAGGUCACUAGACAGUGCAUGGUGGACCUUGGAAAGUCUUCUUGUAUCACAUAAAGCAAUCUAGUCCCAGGUCACUGGAUUCCUCACAGAGAACCUUGGUAAUUCUUGAGCUUCUGGCCACCAGACUCUGUACAUAGUACCUUAGUAAGUCCUCCUGCAUCACAUAAAGCAAUAGUGUAGCCAUUGACAGAUUCUAAGAACAACCAUUCAGGCACUGAGUGACAGGAGGUUUUCAACAGACCAGUAGGAUCAGAGUUAAAAAAGAAAAGAGAGUCCAUCAGUCAAAUUUACAAUAACAUUGAAAUGAUUUAUUUCAGUAGAUUAAACAUUUUUCAUGGGUGACUAUGGAUGGGAACAAUAGCAAGUGUCAUCUGACCAUAUAGUCACAGUAAUAAGGAGAAUGAUUAAAAUAAAUGCUCAUACAACCUGCAGAUUUAGGAGUUAGUGGUAUGAAGCUCCUGCAUUGUGGUAAGAUGGGGCUGUCGACUUUUUUGGUUUUUAUCUGGUUGAGUCCCAGGACUUUCCCUUUUUUCUCCUAUAUAUGGAUGUAUAACCAUUGUCACCAUUGGAAUAGCUGUAAACUUGGUAUUAAGAUGACUGCACAGGCACAGUACACACUAUAAUUGACCCUCACCCCCACAUAAUGAGGGCUUUUUGUACUGAUAAACAAUAACACACUCUGAGUACGGAAUGCUGGACUAUCUGUUCUCCUCACUACAGGCCACAUAGGACACUAGGUCCAUACACUAAACAAGGAGAUGUGAUGGCAUGCUGGAAUGCUGGAGAAAAAGAACAAUCCACUAAACUGAUAUACCGAGCUCUACAUGGCAGUGGUCCAUAGCACCUUAAACACACACCGCAGACAACACUCCUCUACAAAACAGUAACUAAAUCAAAAGACACACGAAAGCAAAGCGUGGACAAGCAUGCUCCUUGCAGGAAGAAAAUAGUCAAGGACUAAUAACUCAUACCCUCUCUCUGUCCACCAUCUAGCUCUACAGGGAGUGCAGAAUUAUUAGGCAAGUUGUAUUUUUGAGGAUUAAUUUUAUUAUUGAACAACAACCAUGUUCUCAAUGAACCCAAAAACUCAUUAAUAUCAAAGCUGAAUAUUUUUGGAAGUAGUUUUUAGUUUGUUUUUAGUUUUAGCUAUGUUAGGGGGAUAUCUGUGUGUGCAGGUGACUAUUACUGUGCAUAAUUAUUAGGCAACUUAACAAAAAACAAAUAUAUACCCAUUUCAAUUAUUUAUUAUUACCAGUGAAACCAAUAUAACAUCUCAACAUUCACAAAUAUACAUUUCUGACAUUCAAAAACAAAACAAAAACAAAUCAGUGACCAAUAUAGCCACCUUUCUUUGCAAGGACACUCAAAAGCCUGCCAUCCAUGGAUUCUGUCAGUGUUUUGAUCUGUUCACCAUCAACAUUGCGUGCAGCAGCAACCACAGCCUCCCAGACACUGUUCAGAGAGGUGUACUGUUUUCCCUCCUUGUAAAUCUCACAUUUGAUGAUGGACCACAGGUUCUCAAUGGGGUUCAGAUCAGGUGAACAAGGAGGCCAUGUCAUUAGAUUUUCUUCUUUUAUACCCUUUCUUGCCAGCCACGCUGUGGAGUACUUGGACGCGUGUGAUGGAGCAUUGUCCUGCAUGAAAAUCAUGUUUUUCUUGAAGGAUGCAGACUUCUUCCUGUACCACUGCUUGAAGAAGGUGUCUUCCAGGAACUGGCAGUAGGACUGGGAGUUGAGCUUGACUCCAUCCUCAACCCGAAAAGGCCCCACAAGCUCAUCUUUGAUGAUACCAGCCCAAACCAGUACUCCACCUCCACUUUGCUGGCGUCUGAGUCGGACUGGAGCUCUCUGCCCUUUACCAAUCCAGCCACGGGCCCAUCCAUCUGGCCCAUCAAGACUCACUCUCAUUUCAUCAGUCCAUAAAACCUUAGAAAAAUCAGUCUUGAGAUAUUUCUUGGCCCAGUCUUGACGUUUCAGCUUGUGUGUCUUGUUCAGUGGUGGUCGUCUUUCAGCCUUUCUUACCUUGGCCAUGUCUCUGAGUAUUGCACACCUUGUGCUUUUGGGCACUCCAGUGAUGUUGCAGCUCUGAAAUAUGGCCAAACUGGUGGCAAGUGGCAUCGUGGCAGCUGCACGCUUGACUUUUCUCAGUUCAUGGGCAGUUAUUUUGCGCCUUGGUUUUUCCACACGCUUCUUGCGACCCUGUUGACUAUUUUGAAUGAAACGCUUGAUUGUUCGAUGAUCACGCUUCAGAAGCUUUGCAAUUUUAAGAGUGCUGCAUCCCUCUGCAAGAUAUCUCACUAUUUUUGACUUUUCUGAGCCUGUCAAGUCCUUCUUUUGACCCAUUUUGCCAAAGGAAAGGAAGUUGCCUAAUAAUUAUGCACACCUGAUAUAGGGUGUUGAUGUCAUUAGACCACACCCCUUCUCAUUACAGAGAUGCACAUCACCUAAUAUGCUUAAUUGGUAGUAGGCUUUCAAGCCUAUGCAGCUUGGAGUAAGACAACAUGCAUAAAGAUGAUGAUGUGGUGAAAAUACUCAUUUGCAUAAUAAUUCUGCACUCCCUGUAUGCUUCUAUAACCAUUUUAAUGAAUGGACGAAGAACUGUCACUUCUUUGUAAUACUGCAAAAAUCCACACAUUCCUCUAAAACUGCUGAACGCAAUAACUCUUUCCUGCUUCAGCCAACGUUGUGCUCUUUGCUUUGACUGAUACAGUGCCUAGUUUCUUCAAUCUAUCAUCAUCCCAGUUACUAGAAUAGCCACUGUCUCUGCUAACAGCACUUACCUUAGUACUGAUAAAUUCUUUACCAUAAACCCAUCACUCAAAGUCUUCCGUCUACACUUCCAUAUUCUUCACCUCUCCCAAUCCUGUAUUCCAGUACUGACAGACAGCUGCCACACACAGGGCCGUCUUUAACGCGGGGCAAACGGGGCAGCUGCCCCGGGCCCAGUUGCUCCUGAGGGGCCCCAGAGCAGCUGCCUCGUGGGCCCCGCGAUUUGAGCAGCUCCCCUUGGACCCGGCGGGGCGGCUGCACAGAGCCACACCAGCCGCAAGCUAAAGAGGGCCCCAUGCACUAAGGGCCACCCGGUGGGCAUGUGGCAGAAGGGGCCCGGUCGGGCGCUGUGACACUUAAACAGCGCGACCGGGCCCCUUCCUGUUCGGCAGCUGGCUGGGAGGAAGUGAGUGCUGCGCGUCACUUCCUCCCACCGGUGAUCACAACCGCGCGGGAGGAGGAAGGCAGGGAGGAGGGGAGUUCCAGAGGAGAACUCCCAUCUGCCUCAGCCUGCCACUGGACCAGGGAAACCACCCUCCAGAAAAAGGUAGGAAACUGGAGGGUGGCUAAAUGUAUGUCUGUGUGUGUCUAUGUCUGUCUGUGUGCAUGUCAGUAUGUGUGUAUGUAUGUCUGUGAGAGUCAGUAUGUGUGUAUGUAUGUCUGUGAGUGUCUAUGUCUGUGUGUGUGUGUGUGUGUGUAUGUCAGUAUGUCUGUGUGUCACUAAGUCUGUGUGUGUGUCUAUGUCUGUCUGUGUGUGUGUGUAUGUGUCUAUGUGUGUGUGUGUCAGUAUGUCUGUGUGUGUCUAUGUCUGUCUGUGUGCAUGUCAGUAUGUGUGUAUGUAUGUCUGUGAGAGUCAGUAUGUGUGUAUGUAUGUCUGUGAGUGUCUAUGUCUGUCUGUGUGUGUGUGUAUGUCAGUAUGUCUGUGUGUCAUUAAGUCUGUGUGUGUGUCUAUGUCUGUCUGUGUGUGUGUGUAUGUGUCUAUGUGUGUGUAUGUCUGUGUAUGUAUGUGUAUGUCUGUGUGUGUGUGUGUCAGUAUGUCUGUGUGUGUCUAUGUCUGUCUGUGUGCAUGUCAGUAUGUGUGUAUGUAUGUCUGUGAGAGUCAGUAUGUCUCUGUGUGUCUGUCUGUGUGUGUGUGUAUGUCAGUAUGUCUGUGUGUGUGUAUGUGUGUGUAUGUGUGUCUAUGUCUGUGUAUGUAUGUGUAUGUCUGUGUGUGUGUGUCAGUAUGUCUGUGUGUAUGUCUGUGUGUGUCUGUAUAUGUCAGUAUGCCUGUGUGUGUGUUUGUCAGUAUGCCUGUGUGUGUGUCAGUAUGUCUGUGUGUGUGUCAGUAUGUCUGUGUGUGUGUCAGUAUGUCUGUGUGUGUCUGUCAGUAUGUCUGUGUGUUUGUCAGUAUGUCUGCCUGUGUGUCUGUGUCAGAAUGCCUGUUUGUGUGUGUCAAUAGGUCUGUCAGUGUAUGCGUCUGUGUGUGUCAGUAUAUUUGUCAGUUUAUGUGUCUGUGUAUUCAUGAAUGUGUGUCUGUGUUUGUGUGUCAGUAUGUCUGAGUGUGUGUCAAUAUGUCUGCCAGUAUAUAUUUGUGUGUCAGUGUAUGUGUAUGUCAGUAUGUAUCUGAGAAUGCUUUAAUAUGUCUGUCUGUGUGCGUAUGUGUCAGUAUGUCUGUCAGUGUGAUUGCGGGUUGGGUGUAAUUAAGGGGCUGGGGGGUUAGGAGCAGGGCCCCGGGGGCCCAAGAAAAUGCAUUGCCCAGGAUCCUAAUCAUAUUAUAGACGGCCCUGGCCACACACAUACAACUUGCAGGCACUCUGUGCAUAAUGUCUAUACCCAACUGAUACCCACUGCUAUACCUAAACUAAAACCCAUCUCCCUUGCUGCCAGCAGUGUUUUUGGGUUAUCCUUUUACCUAGCACCUGCCAGCUCCAUAUACAAUGCAAUCUAAAAAACACAAUUUAAAAUACUUCCUUCCUUUUAAAUGCUUUAUAAAUUAAAUAAUUCAUAAAAUAAUACCUUACAUUUACAUUACUUUAUAAAUUAAUUAAAUAAUACCUUACUUUUAAUUUAUAAUCCAGUAUUGAUUUAAUAAACUAAAUGUAAUUCACGUGAACAUCAAAAUUCAGCUUUUCCUCCUACUGGCUGUAAUUUGCAAGCCUCUCAUUCCAAAUAUAAAGUGCUAAGUAGAAUGGAAACCUGUUCUAGAUAAUAUAUAUCUUGGAAUGACAGCUGCGAGCAUGAUGUCACAGUUUGGUGUGCCAUAGAAUAUUUUUUUAAUUAUUAGUUGGAAUCACUGACUCCAUCUGUUCCUUUCUCAGUAUGUCACAUACAGUGAGAUACAGUCAGCGCGAUUAUAAUAUGAUCUCAACACUGGCAAUGGUUCCCAGAAUUCCAUUUAAAAUAGAUACAGGGCCGCUACUUGUAGUGAGUAUACUUUAGUACAUUAAAAUCUAUGCAAAUUACAACACCAGGCGAAUCUUGUUAAUGUUCUUGUAGAUCCCAAGGUGAAAGAAGCCUUGCUGUUUGUACACAUGGAUAGAACGGACAGUGAUAAAUGGCACUCGCCUUCUUAUAAAGCAAUGAGCUGAUCAGGACAUCCAAUAAUGAGCUGCCACACCGUAGCCUUUGGCACAAACCCAACAACUUUCCAGAUAUGUGAUAUAGAAAGAAUUUGCUGCUUAAUAAAUAAUAAUGUAUUGUAUUAUAUGUUAAGAUAUCGCUUUACAGCUAGGUUUAUUUCACGUUUAUGAGGUUUUGGUGUGCCCCCAGUUUUCUUAUUUAUACAGAAAAGCUCUUGGUAUUGCCAAACAAUUGUAAGAAGAAGAGAGCAGCCAAAAACGAUAUUAUUCACUUUGCUCUUUUUUUGGGCACUCUCUUAUGGGGACUCCAGAAAUAGAAACUGACAUGGUGGGGCAGGUACUUACAUCAGGACCAUUCUCCCAGAUUCGGGACAUUUGUGGGGCAAUAAAAUAAAAAAUUACAGUGAGGUAAACAUUUGUAAAUUUACCCCAAGUACCAUGACCACUUCAGUGAUUUAAAGUGGUCAUGGUGUUUGGAGCCUGUUUGUGCAGCGUACUGCACCUCGGCAGCCAGAAUAAAAUUUCCAAGUUGGCUAAUGUUAAUUUUGUGCAUACUCAGCAUUUGUUGUCAGCACGCAUAGGGACAGAGGACCAACGGGUCACGGCCUCUCCCACACACCUGCUGCCAAAGUCUUCCCUUCAUUAUUCUUUUUCUUCUUCUUUUUUUUUAUGGGGGGACCAUGCCAGCAAGGUUUUAAUCCAAUCAAAACCAGUGUUUUUAGUUCAAUGAGGAAAUUCUCACAAUACAAGUGGUUUGAAAUAUUGUUUCAUUAAUAUCUUUGCAAGUCAGGACUUAGAUAAAGAACACACUCCAUUCUAAUACCUAUAGCCAAGUUCUUAUCCAAAGCCCAUCUGUACAGGUACAAAACCGCUACUUAAAAAAAAAUCUCACAUUAACGACCAUGGGAGUGGAACACAUACAUUACAGGGCAGAAGCAGACCUAAUUUGGACACAGGUAUUCCUUUUAAACCACCCCCUAAAAUGCCAUUUUUGUGGUAGUCCGACUAUGCUUCCAUAGCUAUAAAUUGCCUAGUCUUGUCAUAAUAAUUUGGCUGAGAUUUAUUACACAAUGAUAGGAUAGUGUUAUACUGUAAACUGACUAUCACCUCCUGUUCAUAAAAACAAAAUAUUCAAUGCAAUAAAUGCAUUGAAUAAAUGCAAUCCUUGGAAGGGUAAAAAUAAAAACGAAUUCAAUAGGCGCCGGACAUGGGCUUUUCAUAUAUAUUUAUAUAUAUAUAUAUAUAUAUAUAUAUACAGAUAUAACUUCUCUGCCUUCACUUAUAACAUUUAAUAGAAUCCACACUUCAGUUUGUGACCAUUUCUGUAAACCAAUGCUGCAUUCAGUCAAUAUACUUUGUAUACUCAUCCUCUGUUCCACACGUUCAUGACAUCAUGGAGCACCACAAGGCUCUAAUGAAGUUGACACAUUAAAGGACCACUAUAGUGCCAGGAAAACAUGCUCGUUUUCCUGGCACUAUAGUGCCCUGAGGGUGCCCCCACCCUCAGGGACCCCCUCCCGCCCAGCUCUGGAAAGGGGAAAGGGGUAAUAACUUACCUUUUUCCAGCGCUGGGCGGAGAGCUCUCCUCCUCCUCUCCGCCUCUGAUCCGCCCCGCCGGCUGAAUGCGCACGCGUACAUGCGCCAAGAUUCAGUCAGUUCAUAGGAAAGCAUUUACAAUGUUUUAUGGACGCUAUGCUCUCACUGUGAUUUUCACAGUGAGAAGCACGCAAGCGCCUCUAGUGGCCGUCAAUGAGACAGCCACUAGAGGAUUAGGGGAAGGCUUAACCCAUUCAUAAUUAUAGCAGUUUCUCUGAAACUGCUAUAAUUAUGAAAAAAUGGGUUAACCCUAGCUGGACCAGGCACCCAGACCACUUCAUUAAGCUGAAGUGGUCUGGGUGCCUAGAGUGGUCCUUUAAGCAUUAACCUCUGAUUAUGUCAGUAUUUUUUUAAUGUUAUAGCAGUACAUUGUUUAUACAAUGUAUUGUGUGUAAUAUUUUGCACCAGGAGCUCGUAGGGACAAGGUGGCUUGGGGUUACCACUUUUGGUACUGAAAAUUAACCCCGAGCCACGCGCAGGAUUACCCUCAGCGAGGUUAAACAGCAGGCAUCACCUAGAAAUGCGUCAGCGUGUUUUAAAUAAGUAAACAGAUAUUUAUUGAAACGACGGCUACAUGUAUACAUCUAUAAAUUCAUUUUUUCUUACCUUUUUUCUGUUCAGUUUCUUAGGUUUUUCUUUAAUGAGCUGAAUCUGAACACUUGGAUAAAAGAUGAAUGGAGUCAGAUAUAUGAUUUAAACUAUGUUAAGGAAACCUGGAUAAACCCAUUGUUAAAGUGAGUAUUUUCACUAUCAGGUAAUAAUGGUGGGGAUUUUUCUUCCACAAUUACUGCAGGUUGUGGCUCUCACGCUGUUGCUGUACUGUAAAGGUUGUGUUUGUAUGCUAGAAGUUGUGUUUCCAUGUAACUGAGACAAACAGUAUGGGAAAAAUUGUAGAUAUUGAAACAAAGUGAGUCCAAAUCCCAACAAAGGAAAUAAAGUAAUUAAAAGUUAAUAGUCUGGUCCGGCACAAGGGACUGUAUCACAUAAGGAUAAGAGAAGAAACAAAUAGCCAGAGAUGAAGGUUCAGUCUAAUACAAUGGAUGGUUACCUUGCAGUACAACCCUUGCUGUGUCCAUAAAUAUGCUGGGAUAAAUCGAAUCGCUAUUAAAACUUAAGUGAGCAUCAUUUAUUGGCUGAGUCACUUCCUGGUUUAGUGAGAGAUCACUGCAGAAGCUGUGCAGCCUGGGUAUUUGCAGCAAAUGCAGGAACUUCAAUUCAGAGUAUUUUAAAAAAUAAAUAUAUUUUUUUGCAUACAUUUAUUUUAUAUAUCUAAAAAAAUAAUCUAGUUUAAAAUUCCAUACUGGGCAUUAUACACUAGGUCCCCUCUCUAUAAUCCUGCAAAUUUAACUGUAAACAUACUUGGAAUCUAGUACCAGGCAAAACUUUCCUCAAUGGGUUCAAUGCCACUUCUGAUGUCACAGCCUCCGUCUCUGUGAGAAGCAUUUGAUUGGACCGGUUUACUGUUUCAGAGCACAUGCGCACACUCUAAGCUAGGUAGGGAUGGGAGAGGGUGGACGGAGGCAUAGGACUUUAUUUUUUAAAUUGUAAUAACUUUUACUGGAGGGCAUGCUGCCUUUCAAGGCAGACAAUACAUGGAGCACAGCCGUAGCGCUCUGUACAUGGAUCUAGUGUCCAGCCCCUCUUGCACCUCGAAAUCUGAUGACAGAUUUCAAAAUGAUGUUACGGUACCCCAAAAGGCAGGACUGUCCUGGCAAAUUCGGACUAAUGGCACCUAUGUUGAUUAACCUUUGCUUGGACGCAGUCACUGUUCUCUUCUAUUCUCCUGACAAGGAAGGCCGACACCAAGAAAUGUUCAAUGUCCUUCACCAUCCUAAAGAGGAAAUGAGAUAUCACCAUAUAACUGGUCUAUGUACCAAGCGCCAUGCAUCUAUGGAACCUUCCUAGCAGCAUCUAUACACACACAUCUAUAUAUUCAUUUAAUAAGAAUGAUGAGAAGGGCUGAAAGGGACUUACACAUAAGUAUUAUUUUUAGAACUUUGUAAAUCACACACCUCCUUCUUUUUGUUCUUUAUAUGUAUAACCAACUAGGGAUUUAAUAAAGCUAUUUUUUUUCUUUGGGUUUUUAUAAAAUUAGGCAGUUUUUUGCCUUACACUAAAGCCUCAAUCAGGGUAAUAGGACUGUUAUCAGGCUUGCCUCUUCUGUCUAAGUCUCGUUCAGCCCUUCUCAUCAUCCUUACAUUGGGUUAUGCCCACAGUACACUACAACCCACUACAACGUCGGUGAGGAGUAUCUCCCUCCUCUACUGAUGUUGUAUAUUUCUUAUUUAAUAACAAUAUUACUAUAAAAACAUAUACAGAUUCACCAGCGUACACAUCUUUGUGCAAAAGGACACGCAAGAUAACUAAUUCAUUAUUAUGAUUUCAUUAGCGCUAACACAGUAAACGCAUUACAUUUAGUAAUUGGGAUAUGUCACAGCACGUAAUUGAUAUAAAAAAUAUUGUAAUAUGAAUAAAUUCAAGCAGACCUUCUAUAGUAACUUUCUGAAAAGUAAAUCUAGAGGAGUGGCAAUUUUUAUAAACUCUGACUUGAAUUUGACCCGACUAGAUAGUAAAUCGGACCGAAGUGGAAGAUAUAUUUUUUUAAAAGGAAAGGUUAAUGACCAAAUGAUUAUGCUUGUAAAUAUAUAUGUACCCAAUGCUAAUCAGGCAUCAUUCUUGAGAACCUGCCUGAGGAAAUUGGAGAAUUUUAAGGAAGGAGUUUUGAUAGUUGGGGGAGAUUGUAAUAUAGUGUUGGACUAUGCUGUAGAUAGCUCUUCAAAGACUAGAGAAACACAGAUGAAUCAGAGGGCAUUAGUUCUAAAAACACUACACUUCUAUCAAUUGAUAGACUGUUGGCGUAUCUUCCAUCAGGACGAGAGGGAUUAUACCUUUUAUUCAACACCUGCAGAUAGUUACUCAAGGAUAAAUAUGUUUUUUGUAAAUCAUAGAUAUCUACAUUUAGUUAAAGGAGCAAAAAUAGCACAGUGAGAUUACAUGGUCGGACCAUGCCCCCAUUUUUCUAGAUAUUGAACUGCAAGGCGAUAUGAAGGGUAAAAACAUCUGGAGACUAAAUGAGUCCCUCCUUGACGACCCAAGGGUCAUCAAGGAUUUAACAGAAACAAUAUCCCAAUAUUUCUUAAUAAGUAAUAAGAUAAUUGUACAGAUGCUAUCAAUGAUAUGUGGAUAUGGGAGGCUCAUAAGUGUGUGAUCCGGGGGGUUCUAAUUAAAUGGGGAGCUAGAUGUAAAAAGAACGUGCUGAGGAAAUAGAAAGGUUGACGAAAACAUUAGAGGCAACGGAGUCUACCCAUAAGCAAACUCCAACAGAGGAGAAUUUUAAACGCUUAAUGGUAGUCAGAUCAAAGUUAAGGGCAUUAUUGAACUAUGAAGGUCAAAGAGCGAUCCCGCUGACUCAAAGUACAUUGUAUACAUAUGGGGAUAAAAGUGGGAAAUUCUUAGCUAAAGCACUCAAAGCUAAGUUGCAAAAAACUUAUAUCUAAAAUCAAAGAUAAACAGGGGAAAAUAUGUAAUACCACUGAGGAAAUAGCAAAUACUUUUAGUAAUUAUUAUAAAGACCUCUACAAUUUAAACCCCCCAUAGAAGACCCCUUAUUAUAGAGAGCACUAUCUAUCCAAAAAAAUACCAAUAAAAAUUUCAAAAGAAACAGCAGCUCAAAUGGAGGAAUUGUUCUCCCCAGAGGAACUCUCUGCGGCGAUUGAGGUAAUACCCCUUAAUAAAAGUCCUGGGCCAGAUGGAUUAUCGGCACGCUACUUUAAACAAUUCCAAAACAUUCUUGCGCCACACUUUCUUAGAGCCUUUAAUGGAUUGUCUUCAACUACUGACAUCCCACCAUCAUCAUGUUGAGAGCUGUAAUUGCUGUGAUAUAUAAAGAUGGAAAAGAUCCAGAAUUAUGCAGCAGUUAUAGACCGAUUUCACUUAUUAAUCUUGAUUUAAAAAUAUUUGCAAAACUCCUGGCAAAUAGACUUAAGCCCCUUAUGCCUGGACUGAUCCACCCUGAUCAAGCUGGCUUUGUCUCUGGCCGUGAAGCCAGACACAAUACUACCAAAAUUUUGAACAUAUUACAUGGAGCUAUAAUAAAUGAAAGCCCUACAGCUUUGUUAACAAUUGAUGCUUAGAAGGCCUUUGACAGGGUGGAUCAGUCCUAUCUGCUCGCAAUGCUAGAGGCAUGGGGGCUUGGUCCGAGAUUUUGUAAUUGGAUACAUAUACUGUAUAAAGCCCCUUCAGCCACGGUUCGGAUUAAUGGUCUACUUUCAAAUCCCUUCAUUAUUAGCAACGGCACUAGUCAAGGAUGCCCGUUGUCCCCUCUUCUUUUUGUUUUAGCAUUUGAACCUUUCUUAGAAGCUAUACGAAGAAACACCGACAUUAAUAUAGAGGGACUAGAGGAGUGUUAUAAUCCAAGGAGCUGACCCAGGAAGAUGAUAAGCUUUCAUAAAGAUAUGAGUUUUAAGGUACAUUUUCAAGGAUCCCAGGCUAGGUGGGCUGACUGUAGAAAUGGUGUGGAUCAUCUAGGUGAGAGUUAACAAUGUGAGAAUGAGUAGAAGACAAUAGAAGGUCACUAGUCGAGCAAAGUGAUCAAAAAUGAAUAAUUUGUUAAGUAGGAAAUUAAAUUAGGGGUGAGAUCGUCAAACUUUGCACAUCAGUAGUUUGAAUUAGAUACUGAAGGGAUACCAAUGUAAGUACUAGCAGGGGAGUAAGGGGUGAAAGGAGGGGUACGUAAGGGUGAUAAGCUUGGGAUCCAUUAAUUUCAAACUGAAUUGGUGCAAUGUUGAUAUGUGUAUGCCUAUUAACAUUCCAGUCAUUUAGUUUAUUUUACAAAUCAUAUCUACUUUUUUCCUGUAAGUCACUGUUUGAAUUGUACUGCUGUCUAUAUAGUUAUACAUUGAUUAAUUUAGAUUAAGAAUGUUACCCUGGAUUCAAUUAGUGAUCUAUUCACUAAACAAUGAAUUGUAAUGACUCAAUACCCAAAUACCCAAUACUCAAUACCCUUGGUUUAAUACCACCUGUCUUGGCCUACAUUUUACAUAUCAUCAUUAUUCUGUAUAGUGUUUAAAUUCCUACAUAUUUUAUCUUUGACACUUCCUUUGUGCUUAGACUGUCGGUUCAAGAGUCAUUCAUACUAAGAUUAAAAUGUUUUCUUCUUACAUCAGGCGGCAACCAGACAUCCAGAAUUUAAUAAGUAGCUUGGAAGAUAAAACCAGAAAUGAACCCAGCCCAGUAAAAACAUCAAAAAUAACAGAGACAAAGCCGUUUAACUUAACAAAACCUAAGCCAAGGCCUGUACUCGCACCACAACGGAUACCGACCCAACAGCCACAUAAACCAGUAAGCUGACCUCAGCUAUGUCAGUCUAAAUAAAUGUGUUGCAUUCUUCACUGCAAAUCCUUAUUUUUAAGUAAGAAUGUUUCAAAUACAAAUACUUUCCUACGGACCUAAUGGGUGAGUUACUUUAUCACUAGGUGCCCGACAGUACCUACAAACCUCCAAAGGAACAUGAAAUUCUACAAACAAAGAAGAACAAGAACCGUCAGAAAGCAGAGGUAUGUUGCUUAUUUACUGAGGUCUCCUAUUUCUAUAACCCCUUCAGUAAAGCAUAGCAUACGAAAUUGUCAAUAAUCUCACCUCACCUUUAUAGCACUCUGUCAUGGUAUGUUCAUAGACUAGGAUAGGCAGAAAAAUCAUCAUUCUAGCAAUAGACCAAACAAUAAAGAACACAUAAUCCAACCCGGGGUCUCUCUACCUUAUUAGGUUAGAAAAGUUUUUCAUGAGGAGGUGGAAGUCGUGCCUUAAACAUCCUCUUGGUCCGGACUUGCUAAUCCAUAUGAUAUGUAAUAGACCACAGAAAAAUAGGUCCAAUAUAGUUUAGUACAGGGGUAGGCAAACUUUUAGCAGCACUGUGCCGAUAUAGGGUUGUGAUGUCCCGUAGCGUGCCGAUCCUAUAUUUUUAAAUUGAGUCGUCUAUGCUGCCGUAUUCUGCUUGUAUUAUUUUUACUGUAAUUGCUUUUUAUCGUUGUAUUUGUGUGUAUAUGAGCUAUUAUAUUGCAUUUGUUCAUUAGUAGUUUAUGGUAUCGUGUAUGAUACACAUGAAUGUGGGCUGUGUAUGGGGGCUGCUUGUGGAAUUGUGUGUUGAUGGAUCUGUCACAUUGUGUGUUUGGUAGUGUGUGGGGGCUGUUUGGGGUAUUGCAUGUGAGAGGCUGCAUGUGGGGUUGUGUGCAUGUAUGUGGAUUGUUAGUGGUGUUCAUAUUAUUUGUAUGAGGGGAGGGUUAUUCUGCAUUUCUGUGUAUAUCUAGCAGUGUGGGUGGCUUCCCUGGGUGCCAGUGGGGACCAGGCUGGCCAGGUACAGGUCAAGGACAGGAGCUGCGAUAGCUGUCGAUGGCUGCUCUACUACAGUGUGGAUUCCCAUUCGCAAGUGCUAGGAGGAAGUGAUCUGAGAUCACUUCCUCUAUGUUCUGCAAUGCAUAAAUUGAGGAUUGUCCUUCACCACCUUUUCAUAUUAGCAGAUAUCUGAAGUUUCACUGGGACUCCUGAUAGGCUAGAGUGCGUUUGGCUCUAGCAGCCUUGAGUGCAGUGCAAAGACACCUCGAGUGCCGUGCAUGGCACUAGUGCCAUAUGUUGCCUACCCCUGGUCUAGUAUAUUGAAAGCAUGGUUACUGAAUAAGUAAACAAGUAGGCGUGGACUCACAUAUUAUAGAGCCUCAGAAUGGCUCCUCAUAAUUGGCAUAGACUGGUACAAUCCCCACUCUGGGAUAUAUGGGUGAAUAGUGUCCUCUCCAUGGGUAUAUACAAUAGAAAACAGAACUAUAUAGUGCAUCCUGUGCAAAAAGCAAUUGCUAAAAAAUGGAUGAUUACUUACAAGAUACAGUAAACACAGUGUGUCUUCCCCAGCAAGGAAAUUGUGUCUAAAAGUUAAUAGAUGUUAAAGGAAGGUCCAGGAGAAAUUAAAAAGUAAAAUAAAACCCUUUACAUAUAUUAAAACAAUAAUUAAAUCACUCUCAUAAUACACAGUAUUGUGUAUUAUAAGAGUGACUAAAAAGGUUUAUUAUAUAUACAGGGCUCAAAAUUUACACUGUGCACUAGCCAUUUGCUAUUUGCCAUGGUCUCUCUAGGCAAGUAACUUUUAAGGCCUGGCUAGUAGCAAGCGAUUUGAAAUUUUAAGCCUUGAAGAUAGACAGACAGAUAGACAGACAGAUAGAUAGAUAGACAGACAGAUAGACAGAUAGAUAGAUAGAUAGAUAGAUAGAUAGAUACAUAGAUACUGUAGAGGGUAGAGUAAGUAGGUGUUAAUACUUUUUGGUUUAUGAUAACUUCACAAAUGACCACAAAAGACCAUGAAGUAAAUUCAAAACUACUGGAUUUUUUUUCAAUAAUUCCUUUGCGUAUUUUGCAAUUUCUAAGGCAAAGCCAACAUGGGGAAAUAUGCUUUAAAUACACACUGAUCAGCCACAAAAUGAUGUGAAUAGCAUUGAUUAUAUUGUUACAAUGGCACCUGUCAAGUGGUGGGAUAUAUUAGGCAGCAAGUGAGCAGUCAGUUCUUACAUUUCAUGUGUUUGAAGCAGGAAAAAUGGGCAAGCGAAAAAAAUCUGAAUGGCUUUAUCAAGGGCAAAAUAAUGAUGGCUAGACGACUGGGUCCGAGCAUGCAGUGGUUAGGACCUAUAGUGGUAAAUGCAGUGGUUAGUACCUACCAAAUGUGGUGCAAGAAAUUGCAACCGGUGAUGCAGCAUCAGUGUCAAAUGUGCCAUGGGCUCAUGGAUGCACAUGGAGAGUGAAGGCUAACCCGUCUGUGUGAUCACACAGAAGAGUAACUGUAGCUCAAAUUGCUGUAACACUGGCUGUAAAAAUUCUGCCCAUGGUAGAAAGGUGUUAGAACACACAGUGCUUCACAGUUUGCUGCACAUGGUGCUGGGUAGCCAAAGACCAGUCAGAGUGCCAGUGAUGACCCCUGUCCACUGCCGAAAGGGCCUUCAGUGCGGACAUGAGUGUCAGAACUAGACCAUGGAGCAAUAGAAGUAAGUUGCCUGGUCUAAUGGUUCAUGUUUUGUUUUUUAGAUCAGAUGGAUAGUCGGGUGCAUGUGUGCUUACUUUACACCCUGCAACACUGCAAAAAUUGUUCAGGAUUAGUUUCAGGUAAAUGAUAAGAGUUCAAGGUGCUGCCUCGGCCUCCAAAUUCACCAGACCUCAAUCAGAUUGAGCAUCUGUGGGAUGUGCUGGAAGAACAAAUCCAAUCCAUGGAGGCCCAACCUCGCAACUUGCAGGACUUAAAGGAUCUACUGCUAAUGUCUUGGUACCAGAUACCGCAGGACACGUCAGAGCUGUUUUGGCAGCAAGUGGGACCUACACAUUAUGGUGGUUUUACGUGUAUUAGUCAAUUAUACAACAGAAAACAACACACGUGAUUACUAUUCUUUUAAAGUCAUGGAUUUAUUGUAUCCAAUGCGUCAGGUUUAGCACAUAUUUUAAACAUACAUAUUUCUUACUUUUUGUAUAUAAUCAUUUAUUAAAAUUGUGUCAAGCUUUAUCUGGUGCUCUGAAAACUGCACGAUGCAUUAAACAACUAUUAUGUUCCAAUGACUUUUCCUUUUUCUAUUUUCUAAUCUACCUUAUAAUAUGCUUGUUUAUUAUAUCUGGUUUUUCCCUACUACCCGACAUACAAGCGUCCAAAACGCUCUAAUUACCUGUAGUUCUCAGUUCAUUGUAUUUUAGUUCAAAUGUAAAGCACACUGUUUGACCCUAUAUCUACAGAUAAUUUAUAUCACUAUUGUGUGAGGGUGAUCGUGAGUAUACCUGAUGUUUUGUUGUAACAGAUCCUUCUGAAUGUGGAUGUCUUUGGGGCAUUCUAUACAUUUUUUUAUAAUUUUUUUUUUCAUUUGUUUUUAUAAAAUCUACACAACGAAAAUAAAAAAAAUACAACGGAAAAAAACCCCACAACUAUUAUGUCCAAAAGUAGAUAUUGGCCUUUUCUCCACACUCAACUUAUUAAAGAGGUUACAACCCAUUUCUUGCCUCUUGAUAGACAGAUUUUCAGAGACUAAAAGCAUUGAAUAGAAACAUUCAAAUAGAAUGUCAUAGUCUCUUCCCAUAAAUUGUGAUUUCACUGUGCUGGUAUUAGUUAGGAAUGCAAAUUACGUCUAAUUGGGGUCAAGGAGUUUAUAAAUUACACAGUGAAUUUUGAUGAACGCAGAACUGAUUUACAACAUUUUAGCCAAUAGUUGGGUUAUUGACAAAGCUCAGCAAGAACAGAAAAAGAAAUGCGUAAAAGGCAUAAGUAUUAUUUCAAGCUAUAUUACAGUGUAACUUUGUUAUUAUCUGUUCGUUGGAAACUCAUUCCAGUUCCGCUAUAUUGGUCUGAAUUUUGCAAUCCAGUUGUCAAUCACAUUUUUAUAAAGAAUUCAUUUUCUCCGGUCUGUGUGUGUGUGUAACUAUGUUAUGAUCUGAUUUUAGGAGAUUUUGAUGGAGGCAAAUAUGGCGCACUUCAAAUGUGCCAAAGCAGAGAAAUCUCAGAAAACAAAAGUAAGUUAAUCGUUAUGGGGCAUCAGUGUUAACACAAAGCUACAGAAAGGAAACAGGUCCGUAUUUAUGGCAGGAAAUAAAUGACUUACUUAUUUUCUUUGAUUUGAUGAAAAUUUUUUAUAUUUCCCCAGUAUCAUUGACUGGAUAUCACUGAUACUGAUUUUAAUGAGAUGGGACUGGUCUAUCCUUAGCAAUCGAAUAUAUUUACUAACAUUUGGCUGAUGUGUGAAAUCCCUUGAAAUCUUGAAAUAAAUAAUUUCUGCAAUUUAUUUUACCUCUUGAUUUCAUUUUUAACCAAGAGAACAACUAACAGCUUUUUUAGUCUGCGUGUAACCACCAAAUUCAACGAUUCUUACAAUCAAUAACUCCCUAAUUUCCAAUAGGAAAUAUUAAAUACACGGAGAGCAGUUUGCACACUGGGUAGGGGUGUAAGCAAGGGCCUUGGUAGAAUUUGUGCCAAAUAGUGUUGGAAGCACCUUUAACCCCUAAAUGAAUGCUUAGUUUCUCCAUAUGAAUUUCAAUACAGUCAAUGACACAUGCAUGAUAAAAAUACCAUAAAUUCGGCAAGGUACUUAUAUAUUGCUGCAUUAAUAAUGCAUGUAUGUGUAAAACUGCUGAGAGUUUUGCACUUAACACAUGUAUGUGUCAAAAUGAGCACAUAUAUUCAGGUAGUUUAACCCCUUAAGGACCAAACCUCUGGAAUAAAAAGGAAUCAUGACAUGUCACACAGGUCAUGUGUCCUUAAGGGGUUAAUGCAUAAUGCAUCUUAAAUGGUCAUUGAAAACACCAAAUACAAUAUAUGACCACAUACCCAACAUCACUGUGUUAUGACACAUACAUGGUGUGAAGUCCAUACUUUCUGUUGCUUUCUGUCGCAGGGUUAGAGAAUGGAUCUCAGAUUUUGGGACACAGGACUGACAGUCGAGGCAAUUUAUAUGGGUAUAAUCUGUAGUCCAGAAAUGUGUUGAAGGUUUAAGUCCAGUUAGCACGGGUUUGGAUGCAAGAGGGCAAGCAAAGAGUCAAAGUCCAGUUUGUAAUAGAUAAAAAAAAAUGCACUAUACAGGGAAAGUCCAAAAACAGGGACAAGAAACAAGCCAAGCAUGUCAGGUCAGAGGAGGCAAUACACAGGAAAAAAUAUAAUAGCAUGUAGCACAGAGUGACUGAAAGGAUCCUUAGCAAGAUAUAGAUGAACUACCUAACAAAAGGCAGUGAUAGUAAGGCAUAUGCCAGACCUUAGAGUGGCCAAACUUAAUGCUUAGACAGAAAUAGGAGAUUAAGGAACUAGAACUAACAAGAACCAGAGUAAAACUACCUGAAAUUAGGACCAGGCCAGGUCAGGAAUAUCAAGAACAACCAGUACAUAGGCCCAAAUCAGGGUCAGUGAUACCAGAAUACUAUUACAAGUCAGGAGGUAAGAGGUGUUAGAACCAGAAAAGUCAAAACUAUAAAGGAGUCAGAAUAGGGGACUACAGCCAGGAUGGGGGGACAACUGGAGAAUCAACUGCGGUGACCUGGCCACUCCUUCUUGGACCUUUCCAUGACCACCUUGGAAGGAGAAUCUGACUGGCUGGACAUAGAGACCUUGCAUACCAUAUGAUGAGCUAGCGCUGCAAACCAAGUGGCCCCCAUUCCUGUGUGCAGCAAGGGGGUGAGUGGUAGGUAAGUUUUAAGUGACAGUUUCAUCCAUCAUGCAUCUCCAGUUAUGUAAAGAAGAACAGUAGUCAAUAACUGAGAAAGGUACAAAGGAGUCCCAGUUCAGUAUCAAAGUUUUCUCUAAUCUCAGAAAUGCUGUCCAGUAACUGUUGUAGUUCUAUCUUCAAAAUGCCCUUUUUGUUUCUGUCGUUUACAGCGGAUUCUAUCUGAAAUAAUGCAAGGAGAGGAAAAUAAACUGGCAUUUAAUAAGACCAAAGCCCUCCAGGCUCCAGUGUAUAAGGUGAGCAUUUUAUCUGAAAAUGUCUGUAAAUGUAUAGGCAUUAUGCACCAAAGACCGGGUUCUUUAGUGUGUACGUAGAGUGCUUAUUGUUGUUUUUAUAGUUUGGGUUUUUUACAUUCUUUCUUUUUUUGCAGUGCGUAGAAAUAACACUUACUGGUAAAGACAUAUUAGCCAAAACAUGAAAAAUAAAGUACAUGUAGAAACCACUGCACAAUUUUAUAAUAUUAGCAGCAACAUCCUAGAGACUAUUAGCUUAAGUACAGAACAGUAUCUCCAAUAACAAAAAUACUCUAGUUGCAUGAAAAGACGAUUAUAUUUAUAGUUAACAAUGUAAAUAGGCGAUAGUGAGAUAGAUAAUUAUCACCACACAAUGUUCAGAAAUUGUAUUAAAGCUUAUAGUAAAAGGGCACAGUGACAGUGCUGGAAUUGCAUGGUAAUGCAUAGCACACUUACUAUAAAUGGCAUUUGUGAGGUUAGCCUAACAUAUAAUCCCGAGAACCCCAUAGACUAUAAAUGUGUUUAACUUCUGGACUGUUGUUUAUUCUGGGACAAGGUGGAACAAGGUGGAACAGUUCCAAGCACAAAUAGAUUACUAGCUGAUUCCCAUUGGAGAGUGAUGUUCCUGCAGUUCCAUAUUCAGGUGCCUGGAGUCCCGGGUUCCGUAAAAUGUGGUGACUCAGGGACACCACUAAGCAGCCACCAGGGUAGGAGAUGAGCAUGGGGACCAUACCUUCUGAGCCACACACCCCAGGUGUAGGCUUUGGUGGAGUGCAGGUAAUGCAGAAGGAUGACUUCUUCAGAUGCUCUCCCAGGGAAGGUCAGCGGAGUAUACUCUGGGUUCUCUGAUGAGUUGCACUCCGUCAGUGUAGGACCAGGCAUUAUUCCUUUCAGUUGUCAAAGUUGCUACAUAGCAGGGGUGCCCAAUAGGUAGUUCCUCAGAUGUUGUAGAACUACAGCUUCCAUGAUGCUUGUUGUUUUAAAACAUCUGGGGAUCUACCUUUUGGACAUCCCUGCUGUAUAGUAUGCUGCAUGGACGGUGUCUGUUUCACACACGCGCUUAGCCAAAAGUUGGUGCAGAGUAAAUCGAAAGGCCACCAGAGUAUUGCUCUGAGGCACUGCAAGUGUUGUCUGCCAUAUUGCAAUCGUCAGUGUGAAAGACGCUGGUGGACAGGAGUCAGCUUGCACGAGUAUUGGAAAGUUGAGACUCCGGGAUGACCCUCUCUGGCAGAGAAAGGGGGAUGGGUCAGUUGUAUGCUGCAGAUUCCCAAGGGGCUUAGGGCAGAAAUAUCAGCCACCUCCCUCCCACCUGGACCCUCAGGUGUGCGGUUUUGCACUUGUACUGCCAAAGAUGCCAGUUCCUGUGCCAGUUAAUAUGUAAAACAAGCUUGAUAAGUUUCCUCGAGUCUCUCUACGUGAAAAGCCUGGAUAUUCUUAUGAGGGAAUAAGAAAUGACAGCACAUCUGCACGGAGUUCGAGCUAUAUUCAUCCAGUAUGGCAGCCAUGCCCCGCCCCAUUGUUUUGCUUUUUUACUGUUUGUUUUUUCUCCUUAUCUAUUGGCCGUUCAGUGUCAAGUUUAUGUCAUUAAAGAACAAAAUAGCAUAACAUGUUUGAAACAUGGAAAUGCACUCUGAGGGCAUAAAGCUAUGAUAAAACAGCAGGUUAAGGUUCAAGGAUAUAACAAUGUUAAAAUAAAGCUAUGUAAAUUUAUACUAUUUAAAUUUUUUUAUUAUUCAUUCAUCUUUAUGAAUAUUGUGAGAGGGAGGUAAAAUGUUUUAUAGACUGUAUGGAAGCCUAAUUCUUCAGACGGGGUAUGAAAUAUAAUACGAAAGUAGAAGUGGGACUCCAGAAAUGAUUUUGUUUUGAUAUUGUCCCAUAGGGUGAUAAUGUGCCUGUUAGAUUAAAUGCCACAGCCAUUUUAAGAGAAGGAGCCCUCUACCAGCGCCAAGUGGAAGAAGAGCUACGUAGGUAUGUUAAUUAAGAAUAUAUUGAGUUAUGUUAAGGAUCUUAAUGUAUGUCUGUUUGCUUUAUGUGUGUCUGUUUAUUAUUAUUAUUCCAUUUUACUGUCACUUAGGUACACCUCACCAUGUACUGUAUUUAUUUUUAUUUUUGUAUUGAGUGCCCCUAUAUAGUAAGUUGAUGGUUGACAGCCAAUGACACAAGCCAUCAUUAAGUCACUAGCUUAAUCUGUGAGCAGUCAUCUCCUCUCUGGUAGAAUUCACAAUCAGAUUAUGUAUCAGAGAUGGCAGCAGGGUAACACCCGAGCACCCAGUUCCUCCCACUUACCGCCUAUGUGUCCCUAUUUAGGAGAGACAUUCCAUAUUUUGGACCCAAGACCUCUCUCCCUCUUUUCUAUUCUAAUGUCCCUCUUUUCUCGAUGCUCCAUAUUGUUGGUGUGUCUGAGUGUGUAAUAGAAUGCCACAGCAAUAACACUCACAGGAAUGUGUUUUUAAACUACAAAAUGAAUUUAGAAAUACAUUUGGGUAAAUAAGAUACACUGUUCUUGCUCUAAAUGGCAUGUUAAUUGAAUAAAUUGUUAUUAGUAAGUCACCUAAAAUUUCUCAGAACAGUUCUGCCCCUAGUAACACCCCUACUUACACCCUUGUUUCCAUUUGCAAUCUUGGGAGGUGUGCCCCUCCCAUGCAGGAUGUAGAAUUUGUCUGAUGAUGUAUCAGGGCAGUAACGCACCAGAGUGGCAUGCAGCUCCAACCAUGCAGAGUGUACAGUCUGUCUGAGUAGCUCCUGAGCAUGCAGCUCCUCCCAUGCAGGGCAUAUAGUCCGUUUUAUGAUGUGCCAGGGCAGUAAGUCUUCAGGGUAGCUCCAGAAUUCACAGUCAGACAAUUCUGCAGAAUAUCUUGGGGUAUUCAGGUUUUUUUCCUUCAAAUGUCUUUUUUAACACAUCUUGAUCAGAGGUUACUUGUUAUUAUAGAUAUCUCUAACAAGUCUCUAACCUGUCAGUUAGUGGAAAAUGUCUGUAACCCUCACCCCAAUUUACUUCUUAUACCCCCCAUACCUAAUAAAUUACCAUUAGUGCCAUUUGUCUAAAGCAGAGUAAGCCCUCUUGUCUGUAAAUGGAUUUGUUUAAAGGGACACUAUAAUCACCAGAACCACUACAGCUUAAUCGUGUAUUUUCCUUCAAAAAGCCUGGUUCUGGUGUCUAUAACAUUCAGACUUUUUAAAGUAAAACACUGCCUUUUCAGAGAGAGACAUUAUUGCCUAGUAACUCAGACAGCCACUAGAGGUGAUUCCUAGUCCAGCAUUUUCACUCUCUGCAUUGAGAUGCCUUGCUUCAUUGCAAACUUAUAAGGAAUGCAUUGGAUUGGGUGAGAUGAUCAAGAUUGAGAGGUGGGCCCAGUUGUGGGGAGACUGGCGCAGCGAUGAAGAGAAGUUAAGUAAAAUACCUUUUAACUCUUUUCUAAAGGGGGCCGUUAACAUAAAUAUUUAUUGCAGCACUAUAGUGUGCAAGGACAAGUGUUUGCUGAAAAGCCAGCCAUUCUGAUUUUAUUUAGAAGAAAGACAAAAGCUACCAGAUACAUUUAUUUCUAUAUUAUAUAUCAAAGGGGUAACUUCCAAAGGGGUAACAGGAUUGGAGGGGUGGGGUGCUGACACCAAAAGGAAUCUGGUCUGAAUUCCAAGUAUACACAGAAUCAAAGGGAGUUGAUGCCAAACGUGCAUUUCUAGUAGUCCAGUUGCCCCUUUGGAGGUGACCACAAGAGAGCAUAAAUUGAAAAUAGUCUCUGGAAGCAGUUUAAGCAGUAAUUAUUGCAGUUAGUAUGUUUAUAUCCCAUGUUAAAAUUGGCUGUAACUGAAUUUGUUUUAUAAGAGAAGUGAUUUUUUACUAUCCUUGUAAAAUGUAAAACUAUAUUUUUUUGUUUCCUCUAUUCCCUUACUCUGUAUUUUGCAAACAUUCUGCUCUUACUGCAUGUUCUGCGUAUCACUCCCUAUUUCCUUUUUCCUUGUAAACUGAAAGCAAGCACCAUAUAUUGUUCUUGUUCAUAGGUAUUAUAUCAAGUUGUUUUUAUUAAUGUACUAUAUAUUUGUGAUUCACUUUGAAUUCCUGAUCAUUAUUUAAUGAAUAAUUUUGUGCAUAAGAGUAAUAGUUUGAUACCCAUAGACUGUCUAAGUUUCAGAUCGUUGCUCUGUGAUCUAUUUUCUAGAGUUGAAAAACUAGUGGACGGAGCACGAGACCCGAGUGAGUUUCUAGAAUGGCAGAGGCAACAACGGGAGAGAGACCUCGAACAACAGCUGGCAGAGAUAGAGUGCAGGCGUCUCGAGGGCAAACUUAGCCGCGAGGAAGCAGUCUUGGCUCGCCAGAAUCUUAUCCAGGAAAACAAGAAGAAGGCUCUAAUGAAAAAAGAAGAGGUGAAAUAUUGCGAAAUUAAACAGAUUUGUGAGGCUUCUGUACCAACGCUCAUGUAUUAAAACAAGAUGUACAGCACAAAGCCAGUUUUAUGAAGACAUCUAAUUAAUCAGGAGUAAUGUAUAGGUAUCAGGCAGCUGAGAUUCAAUUAUCUGUAUUCUGCUCGUUUGUACUCAUGUAGCAUUAAUGCCAGGAAGCAGGAUUGUAAUUUCUAAGACAAAUAAUCUAAUUCCAAGUGUGACAAAAAUGAAUAAAUAUGAGUAGUCAUGAGAUGGCUGUAAACUCUAACGAGAGCGCACGUUUCGCAUUUUAAAAUUCAUUAUUGUUUUAGCAUAUCAAUAAAAAGCCAGACAUACAAACCUACAAAUGGUUUCAGAGGAAGAAACACUCAUCAUAAAUGUAUUUCCUAGAACAAAGACGGCUAAAACGUGGCACCCCAGAUUUCUGUAAGCUACAUUGACCGAGAACACCUGGAAACAAGGUCCACAAACAUCUGGAAUAACAUCCUUGUAUAAAUGCAAGAAAUCCGCUUUAAAUGAGAAAUUUUAAAAAACAAGUUUCUGCAACAGUCCACAAUAGCAAUGGAAAUUGAGUCUCUUUGUUCCCAAUCCCAUACAAUAAUUUUUCAUAUAACACAGAGCUGACCAUCACACAGCCUGGGUUUAAUUUCCAGUGUCUUCUAGUAAUCUUUAAAUGUCCCAUAUGCCAUAACCUCCAUUGUUCUAGAUUAUUUAAAUAUGGUGCUUCAGGGUGAAAGUGGGGUAGAAACAAAAAGAUCCUUAGCCAUUUAUCUCAUUAUUUCUACAUCUAUAUAUGUACUAUACUGUUAGCUCAAGAUAUUGAGUCGACAGCUGCAACUCAAAACAUGAUUCACCCAACAGCUCUCUCUCUUUAAAUAUUGGUUUGUCAAUAUGCUCACUGUUUAGUGGAUAAGCAAUACCCCAUCUCACUGUUUAGUGAUUAUGCUAGAAUUUAAACUGUCAGAGAGGAAGUGGGUUUGUUUAAUCAGAAUAUUGACUCUCCGCCGUCCGCUUGUGUUUCUGGCUGUAUAGACUGCACAACUGAUGCGUCAGUACGCAGAGAGGCGUCUCCAAGAAGAGAAGGGCAUGAGAGACCUCGUAGAACAGGUGGCUGAAGGACACAAAAAUACCAAGCAGGCCCGAGUCAAGCUUCAGAAAUACAAACAACAAAUAGGUAAUUUAUGUGAAGAGAAGAACUAGACUUUAUGAAAUGGCUGUGUCUUAUGAGUCUGCACAGCGUAUGGGGACAAGUGUGUGACUCUAACAUUUGGGUUCCCGGUUAAUUUAUGUGAUAUGUGAUCUUUGUAACUGCAUAGGACACAAUGCUAAAAAGUGAGUCACCAAUCGCAAUCUCCUUUCAAAGUGAAUUAAAGGGACACUAUAGUCAGCAAAAUAACUGUAGCUUAAUGAAGCAGUUGCCUCUGAGGUCUCAUUGCUCAAUUCGUUGCCAUUUAAGAGUUCAUCGCUUUAGUUUUUGUCCAUGCUGCUCUAGCCACACCUACCCUGGCUGUGACUCACACAGCCCGCAUGAAAAUAAAAUGGUUUCAUUUUCAAUCAGAUGUUAACUUACUUUAGAAAUGUGUAUCUGCUGUUCUGUAAAUUGAACUUGAAUCACUCACAGGGGUGAGGGAGGGAAGCUCCUGCAAGGUUUAGCAAGCUAUUAACCGUGCAGGGAUAAGAAAUUCUAAAUUGAACAAAAUGUGCCCAUAAAUGAAGUGUAAACAUUAGAUCUCACAUUUCCGGAAGUGUUAGGAAGGCUGUGCACAUUACAUGCAGGGAGCAGUGACUAGGGCUGAAUAAACAAAUGCAACUCCUAAGUGGCAGAGAAUUGAACAGUGAGACUGCAUUGGCAUUAUCUAUACACCAAACCUGCUUCAUUAAGCUAAAGUUGUUUUGGUGACUAUAGUGGCCCUUUAAAUACUGCAUAAGUAAUAUGCUCUAGCUGGCAAAGCAUAUACCCUGUUUUACCUCUGCAGGCAGGACAAAAAAAUAAAAAUCCUUUACUCAUUGCACUUCUGAAAAGUGGUUAGUUUUACAGAUAGAAAUCUUGUGUCUUUUGUUAGCUUGAAAAUAACAAAAUGGAGUCUGCUCUGUUUAUAUACACUUUUAAUUUCUAUCAUAGCACCUGACACCAUAACACCUGCAAAGGGUUUCUGAGCUUUUAAAUGGUCUCUCAGUCUGGUUCAGUAGGAAUCACAAUCAUGGGGAAGACUGCUGACCUGACAGUUGUGCAGAAAACCAUCACUGACACCCUCCAUAAGGAAGGAAAGCCUCAAAAGGUAAUUGCGAAGGCGAAAGUUGGAUGUUCCCAAAGUGCUGUAUCAAAGCACAUUAAUAGAAAGUUAUGUGGAAGGGAAAAGUGUGGAAGAAAAAGGUGCACAAGCAGCAGAGAUGAGCGCAGCCUGGAGAGGAUUGUCGGGAAAAGGCCAUCCAAAUGUGUUGGGGACUUUCACAAGGAGUGGACUGAGGCUGGAGUCAGUUCAUCAAGUGCAUCAAGAGCCCCCACACACAGAUUGAUCCUGGACAUAGGCUUCAGAUGUCGUAUUCCUCUUGUCAAGCCGCUCCUGAACAACAAACGAUGUCAGAAGCGUCUUACCUGGGCUAGAGAAAAACAGACCUGGUCUGUUGCUCAGUGGUCCAAAGUCCUCUUUUCUGAUGAGAGCAACUUUUGCAUCUCAUUUGGAAACCAAGGAUCCAGAGUCUGGAGGAAGAAUGGAGAGGCACACACUGCAAGAUGCUUGAAGUCCAGUGUGAAGUUUCCACAGUCUGUGUUGAUUUGGGGAGCCAUGUCAUCUGCUGGUAUUGGUCCACUGUGCUUUAUUAACUCCAGGGUCAACGCAAUCGUCUAGCAGGAGAUUUUGGAGCACUUCAUGCUUCCUUCCGUAGAAGAGCUUUAUGGGGAUGCUGACUUCAUUUUCCAGCAGGACUUGGCACCUGCCCACACUGCCAAAAGCACCAAAGCCGGGUUCAAUGACCGUGGGAUUACUGUGCUUGAUUGGCCAGCAAACUCGCCUGACCUGAACCCAAUAGAGAAUCUAUGGGGCAUUGCCAAGAGAAAGAUGAGACAUGAGACCGAACAAUGCAGAAGAGCUGAAGGCCGCUAUUGAAGCAUCCUGGUCUUCCAUAACACCUCAGCAGUGCCACAGGCUGAUAGCUUCCAUGCUACGCCACAUUGAGGCAGUAAUUGCUGCAAAAGGGGCCCAAACCAAGUACUGAGUCCAAUGCAUGCUUAUACUUUUCAGAGGUCCGAUAUUGUUCUAUGUACACUCCUUGUUUUAUUGAUUGCAUGUAAUAUUGUAAUUUACUGAGAUUGUGGAUUUGGGGUUUUCAUGAGCUGUAAACCAUAAUCAUCGCAGUUAUGACAAAGCACGGCUUGAACUAUCUUGCUUUGCAUGUAAUGCGUCUAUCUAAUAUAUUAGUUUCCCCUUUUACGCUGAAUUACAUUAAAUUAAAAAAAAGAAUAUUUUCUAAAUUAGCAUAUUUUAGGUAAAGUAUAGAUAAUAGUUUGUUUUGGGUACACACGCCUAUAUGUACGAGCUUGUUUAGGGCCAGCAUACAUCAUGCCUACCUUAGUUGGUGCACCAGCAUACGGACAAUACAAAAUUAGUCAAGCCUUGCAUUGCCUGUAUGUUGGUUGAUAAAGGGUCACUAUAAUGGACUAACAUGCCCACUAUACUCAGUCACACAGCACACAACUGCUUUUGUGGUGUUUUAGCUGUUUCAGACUGUCUGUCUUAUGAUGCCUUGCAAACAAAUGAAUAAGCACAUAUAAUGGUCACUUUUUCAGUGCAAGAAGUGACAGAGGAGAGCCGGGAGCUUCUACGUCAAGCUUUGGAGGAAGCAGAAGAGGAACUAAAGAAGAAAUUUGAGUUGAUUCGUGAGAUACGAGCUAUUGAAUCUAUACCAAUCAUUACACAUAAGUUUGUGGACUUAACAGAAGUGAGUCUAUCUGUCUGUCUAUUUAUCUGUCUGUCUGUCUGCUUGAAUGUCCGUCUCAUCCUGGAAUAGUGCUCUUUAAUGGGCUGUAUGAUUGUCAUUGCUUUUUCUAAAAUCUGUGCUUCAUCCUGCCAUCCUUAAUUUCCAUUGUUCUCAUUUUUCAUAUUAUUAAAAUGUCCUUUUCCUGGCUUACUCUGCUGGUGUGAUAUGGAUGACUGUUGACUAACUCUACUAAAUAUACAUUUUGUAACAGUCUUGAACCUACAUUUGAACAUAUCUGUGCUCUGUCUUUUUGAUCCAAUUUUUAAUCACUAUCUGCAAAUAUGCAAUCUAAUUUGUCCUUUAUCCAGUUUUGUUGUUCGGUUUUGCCUUGGCCUUGUAGAAAUAACUGCUCUCUUUCUCUGUAAUAAUUCAGUACAACCUCUAUCAUACAUUCUGACCCAUCAGGACCCUGUACAUUUCUAAUUUAACAUUCUCCAUUUAUAACUAAGUUGGAAGUAGCCAUUAACUGUUUUUCCUAGUGGCCAAAACUUAAAUCCUGGCACACAUGGGUUACCCAUAAUAUCCGAUAUUGCUGUUGAAAAGCUUAACAUAGCUUGAAAUCUCACACCACAUUUGACCGCCCAUUCUUUAAUCACUGACAGGGUUAAUCACUAAACUCUCACUUGUAGCAAAUUAAAAUCUGAGACACUGAAAAUGUCCUACCGUUCCAGCCUGCCUAUUGUUCCAGAGACAGUGACAGAGGCGUGACUUUUAAAAAAAAUAAAAUUGUCUUGACCACAAGACUAAAGCAGUAGCCCAAUCUACUUGUCCGUCAUGAUAAUCUAUUGAUCCUGGCAAAAAACUUUCUAACUUUCUCUAAAGCUAGCCUUAAUUCACAAACCGCAGUGAUUCGCAUGGUUUCCGAUCCCUGCUCUCCAGCUAUCCUUGGCAAUGUCUGCUACCUGCUUUAAGUCUGUCUUUUCUCAUUCUCUUGAUUUGUUUUGCACAGACUGCUGGACAUGGAUUGAACUGUGAGAUGUCUCUGGUGGAGCUGUACGAGCGCUUAGCAAUAGCGAAGGAUACACAGAGCAAGGCAGAGGAAGAUAAACGGGACCAGAUCCUCAAUGAAAAGCAGGCAAAGCAACAGCAUCUCCUGGACACUCUGGAGCAGAUCUCAUUUCACAGAGCCGCCAUGGGAAAAGCUUCUAUAUUGAAGUUAGUAAUAGCAGCAUGCGCUGCAUGAUUUGUGCUUCAGUGGCGAUAUCUAUACGCGGGCAUUAUCUGUCUGAGUUUAAAACAACAUGAGACAGCGGCAGUAAAACCUAAUGAAGACAGACUUCUGUUGGUAUAACAUUUUCAAGGUUAUUCCCUAAACUCGGCAUUGGAGGAAAUUAAGAUCCGAAUGACAAAGAUGAGGCUAAAAUAGCCAAGUUUUGCCUAGCGAUGAGUUGGAGACAUUUUCUUGAUCAGCUUUUUAUUCCUCUGUUUCACCAUUGAGAUUUUACUUAGCUACAAUUUGGAGUUUUGGGAAUAACACUGUGAACAUUGUAUUCUUCUUGUAAUGUUCUCCAUACGGUGGGUUUACUUAACCCUUGGAGUGUGUAUCACUUUAAUUUCUCCAAACACCUAAAGCACUUUAUCUUGCCGAAAUACUCUUAAGUGUAAAGAGUGUGUCCUCUAUUUUUCAUUUUACAAAAAGUGCAGAUUUCAAUAAAAACUGACACUUUUAUAAAUGAACCUUGUUGUACCUCCGUGGUUGUCAAUCAGACAACAGGACCUGUUACUUGAUUAGCUCAGUGGAGCUAAACUCAAAAUGCAGACAAUGGCCAAGAGCACCAAAUAAUUCUCAUUGAGCUGCAUUGGGCAGUCUGUAACUGGACAGCCAGGGAAAGUCUUGAAAAGGCUGCAGACAGCAAAUCUGCAGCUUUUACAAGCUGUGUGUAUAUAUACCCCCAAUGAAAAAAGUGCAUAAUUAAAUGCAUGGAUGCUUUCUAUAGUGUUAUAUUUACUAAAAGGUGUGUGGGAGAGGUUGUUGUCUUUUUAAAAAAUUAUAUUUGGGUAGUGGAGUGUGCCGUUUAGUUUUUUUUUGCAAUGUAUUUACCUAGGCUCUCCCUAAGCUAAAAUGGUAAUCCAUAGAUGAACUCCCCGUGCUCACUGCGUCUUGAGGGGUAUCAGUUAUACCUCGCUAACGUGGCCCAAGGAAGGCCGAAAUAAUAGUCCAGGUCUGCUAUAUCUUUUGUGCAGAGGGGACUUACCAGCAUUUCAGAUCUGGACUGCCCCUAUAGGCGGGACAAGUCUUUUAUGCAAAUGCUAUCGGUUCUCACUAUAAUGGCACAAGUUAUCAAAAAACACUUUUUUGAGACCUAAGCAAGGACUAACAGAAGGGCAAGCUUUUUUGCCCAUUCUCAGAGUUCUCAUGUUGCAUUUACUUAGGCUCUUCCCAAGUUAAAAAGGUAAUCUGUACGUGGACCUCAUGUUCUCUGUGCCUAAAAGGUAUAAGCUACACCUCCAUGACGAGGCCCAAUGAAGGCCAGACUUGUUAGCAUUUCAGAUCUGGAUUGUCCUCAUGGGCUGCAUGAGUCUGAUCUGCAAAUGGUAUAGAUUUACUUUGUAAUGGCUCAAGUGAGCAAAAACAUUUUUGAGUGUGGACUAACUCUAGGGCAACCUACUGAGGUUUCUCUGAGUUUUUGCCUGUUCUCUGAGUUUUUGCCUGUUCUCUGAGUUUUUGCCUGUUCUGUUUUAUGUUGCAAUCUAUGAAAAUGUAUUGCAGAUCCAAUAUACUUAGGGAUAGGAUCAGGCAUCAUCCGCAUGUAGUGAUCAUAUGAAAGACAGCCACAACGUGCUCUGCUGGAGACCAAAUUACUGCAAACAUGCCGGGAUUCUAGAUCAGUAAGCCCAGGAAAGUAAUUCAAGCUGAUGCUUAAAUUGUCUGCAUUCCUGAAAUGAGUGACCUGUCAUAAAUCUAACAGCAUAAAAUGCAGAAUAACAUGCUUUAACUAGCAUUUAUUCUUCCGUGCCCUGUACAAAAGCAUAAUGGUUUUAUUGAAUCACAGAUUAAAAAUAGCAGUGCGGCCAACUUAAACAUAGAAACAUAGAAUGUGACGGCAGAUAAGAACCAUUCGGCCCAUCUAGUCUGCCCAAUUUUCUAAAUACUUUCAUUAGUCCCUAGCACUUUUCAGUCACCCAAGAGCAUCCAUGGAAUAUCAAAACUGAAAAUAAGAGAGUACAUCUAAUGUAAUGUUGUGUAUUAUUUUGUAAUGAAUAUAUAUAAGUUAACACCUCUUUUCAGUGAAUCUCCUUGCUUACCCUUGUAACGUCAGAGCACGAUCUUUAUCCCUUGUUGGUCACAGAGGCUGUAAUAUGAUGUCAUUUUUGCUUGAUGUGCUGGUAAUGGAUUUUCAGUAUUUCUGUAAAACCUAAACAGGUCAGUAGCUUACUUCUAUUAACAAUGCCAUACUCAACACAUUGGAUGCCGUUCUCUUAGAAAACCCCAACACACUGAAAUGUAUGGAUUUCUCUAACUCUAUUUCAGGGAUAUAUAACACUUCAUUAUGCCUAAAAAUGGCACUUUAUUGCCAUCCAACUUCACACACACGCCAUUAUUUUGCCAUUUAUUCGUUUCCAUGUUCUUAGUUUUGGAGUAUGAGCCCAGCUGGUGAGUUUGCCUAUGAAUGUGUUCUGCCUAGCCGUACCAUGGCUAGUGACCCUGAAUGUAGCUGCUUUGCACCCAAAUCCUCACUAGUGACUCAUAUUGUCUAUUAAGUCUAUGUAAACAUAUGGGCCAACGCAUUUCAUUAUGCUUAUCCUAACUCUGCCAGUGGGUUUACACCUUGAACAGUAAGACAUUGUUAAAGAGAGUAAUAGCCAAACACAGCUAGAAAUUAUCAAUUGUCCAUCUCACCUGUAACAAACAAUCUGGGUUAUUUUUCAACAUUUUGUCAGAGUAAAGGGACACACUCCUCCCGACCCCAACAAUAAGAUAUUUUACUUUAAAUGCCCCUAAUUCAAUGGAAACCCGUAGUGAUAGCUAAGGAAAGCAGGACAUGGUUGAGCUCUCCCUACUAUGAUGGUCACUGAUUUUAGGACAUAUUACCAUUUACUUGCGUCUCGUUCCCUUUUUUAAUGAAUGAGAAGCAGCCAGCUGAUCAGGGCUCUCAUGCACGUACUGUUUUACUCUGCCUUAUAAGAACUGUGAGAGAGCCAGACUUGUUAGAAAUUUACCAUUUACCAAAAAUAAAAUGUGCUUUCCAGAAAUUAGUGGUACAAGUGGAUUUACAGUUUGUACAAUGACCAUGCAUCUGGCAUCUUGUAAAAUGUCAUGAUGCCCAUUUUAGAUUUAUUUUACUGAUUUGUAUAUAAUGGAUAUUGUAUCUGUUUUGUUAGUCAAAAACAACUCAGGUUACUUAGACAAUAAACACAAACAAACACAAAAACUCAUUUUAGGAAUUUACAUCCAAACAUUCAUACAGCAUCACGUGCAGAACUCUUGUCCUCUAAAUAUCCUUUAAAACCGAUACUUCCUUCAAUAACAGUCUAAAUUCAAGAAAGCACAGAAAAAUGUUUUUCUGUGUUUUGUCCUAUGAGAACUGAAUUACUAAUCUCUUGUAGGGCUUUUCUAAAAUAACACAUUCCACCAAUUUGUUACAAUAUCAAUGAAGCGUGAAAUUCAUCAUGAUGAGUCGCAUUGUUCAACAAAUCUAGGAAGUCACUAGGGUAUCACACUAAUGUUAAUAAUCUUCUAAGUUAUGGCUAGGAACUAAUUAAACUCUUCAUUGGCAUGAAGGAGUAUUACACAAAGAAAAAGGUUUCUAAGCUUCAAAACAUCAUCCUGGCCCUUUUAUGUUCAGUUUAAUCUUCUUGAUGAUGUUGUAUGAUUCCAAAUAAGAGGUUUCAGAAGUAAAACCUGCCACCCUAACUCAUUAAAUCACAUUACGUGACCUGAAGGGUAAUGUGUAAAACAGGUUCUACCUGCAACUCUUACUUUCAUGCAAUGGAAGAAACAAUGUGGAAACUGGGAUAGAUCAGGAAAAUAUCAGGAAAUGGAUAAGGCUUGAUGCACUAAAAUAAUGGAGAGGUGAUACAUUAUAACUAGGUAUGCAAGGUUUAGCAUUCUAAAUAUAUUAAAUGAGAUUCCAGCCAAUCACAGUGCUCCAAAGGAGGUCCACUUAGUUUAGCCUAUAGAGGAGGAAAUAAUAAACGUAGACAGUUUUAACUCCUUAAGGACCAAACUUCUGGAAUAAAAGGGAAUCAUGACAUGUCAGACAUGUCAUGUGUCCUUAAGGGGUUAAAGAAACACUCAAGGUUCCAAUGCAAUUUAAGUACAUAUUCAUACUGUAUUCUUCCCAACGUAUAAGCCAUUUUAGUUUUGCCCCCCAAAAAAGUGUUUCAAACCCUGCUACCUUAGUCAGGCUAAUGUGGAAAUGUGGAGACAAGAUAAUCCAUAAAAAGAGAAGUGUGUUCAUAUAGAAUUUUCUCCAAAUAGUGACCAUUUGUGUUGAAUAAUUGUAAGAUGACUGGGAGGGAUGGAUAUUGGGGGUGUCUAAACCAAGACAGGCAUUGUAGUCAAUAUACCAUGGAAUUAGACAUUUUAGGGGAAAAAAGCUGUAAAAUCGUAACAAUUUCGCAGCUUGAUUGUUGCCGAUCUCCCAACCUUCCUGCUUUUUGUGGGACAGGCCCAAUUCCAGGCUUCUGUCCUUCCUCUCAAUUUUGUUCCCUGCUAUUCCACUUUUGGGGACACCAAGGAACUGUCCCCAAAAAGGGCACAUCAUGCUCGCACUACACUCAGGGCAGUGCAACCAUGUAGAAAGAGCUCAAACAGCGAGCGCACCAUGCAUGGUCUGCCCUUAGUGUCAGGCUCCCGCGGGCGGCUGCGAGGGGAGGCUGCACUCCGCUCGCAGUACUCACCCUCCAGCCGUCCGCGGACACCCCUCCGCCUCGUGGGUACGGCGAGCGGCAUCCUUCCAGCCUCGGAUGCCGCCCGCCGUUCCCUCCACGUCCCCCAGCGGCAGCAUGCAUGACGCUGCACGCUGGGAGACCGCCCAGGUUUAUACACGCCGGGGUCAGUCACCUGACCCGGCGUUAAAGGCACAGUGCCUCAAUCACAGUGGGAGGUCUAAAUAUCUCCCACGUGUGAUUGUUAAUUCUGAUUGGAAAUUAUCCAAUCAGAAUUAACCUGAUGGUUUAAAUACUUACCUUUCCUGUUCCUCCCUGCCCUGUUGUGGUCUUUGCUUGCUAGUAUUGCUACUUACCUUGUGCUUCUGGUUACGUACUCUCUGGCUUGUUUAUCUGACUCUGUGACUUUCUCCUACCCUUUGACCUCGGCUCGUUUCACGUUAUUCUGUCUUCUGGUUCCCCUUUACUCGGCUUGUCUCCUGACUAUUCUGUGUGUGCUUAGCCCGGCCAUUCUAAGGUCCGGUACGGCACCUUUUGUGUGUGUGUGUGUGUGCCAGCGUGUUGGGUUCCCCGAAUCGUGACAUUUAGUUGGUCAGCCUGCUUGACUGGUACACACAAGGCUGAUUUACCAAUACUUUGGAUGGAUAAUCCCACUUUCUGGGCGUGUCCACCACCUUUUGUUGCUGCCAGUGACAUCACUGGCCCACCAUUUAUACUCCUCCCACCAGUGUCCCACUUUCCACGUAUGUGGUUGUUGCCUAAAAGUUGCAAUUCUCUGGUCAAUUCUUUGCCAUUUCCGGUCUAUCUCAAUAGACGCCACUAACCAGAAAAUAUCGCUGCUGCCUAUUGAGCAGAAUAAAUGGGACAAACAACGAUCUAAUAAAAGCUUUACAGUUUACCUUAACCUUUCACAAGCCCCCUGCAUCUUUCUGUAUUGGAUACACUGCGUGCUCCCAGGGGUUCAGAUUCAUUUUCCCUCAUAGAAUUUGUGAGUUAAAAUAAGUCAUUGUUCAAUGCUCCUGUUUGGCAGUACUGUACAUGUUCAGGUAUCCAGUCUGCGUAUAGAACGUGUAAAAUAAAUAAAUAACCCAGCAUAUUAUCUGAUUUAUCCAGCGAUGGCACAUAAUUAGCUAAUUUUCUAGACAUCAAAUUUACAUGCAGACCCAGUGCAUCUGCACUAAUACAUACAGGUUAGGAAGCAGAGAUGCCUUAUUUACAUUGCACAGCUGUGAACACUUCCAUUUAGUAGAAAGGCAAAGUGUUAGAAAUAAUUUAUGCCGGUACCAGGGAUGGGCAACUGCUCAAGAUGCUGUGAGCGUAAAACGAUGUUUGUCCAGCUCAAGGUGGCUGAGCAUUAUGUGAGCUGGACUCUGCAGCACAUGGGGUGCUGUAGUUUUCUGUUCUUUAUAUGUCAAAGUUGCAAGAGUAAACUUGGAAAGUACUCUAUGAGGGUUAGACGUCUUGAAACUGUGACAAAAUGAGGGAAGAUUGUAACUGGAAUAUAGAUGGAUGGGGAAAGUCUGAGGUUAGCUGUGACGGGAUGGGAAGAGGAUAAGUGUAACAGCAUGGGAAGAUGGCAGGGGGUAACUGUAACAGUAUGGGUAGAUGGCAGGGGGUAACUGUAACAGUAUGCUUGGUUGGCAUGGGGUAACUGUAACAGUAUGCUUUGAUGGCAGGGGUAACUGUAACAGAAUGGGUAGAUGGCAGGGUAACUGUAAAAGAAUGGGUAAAUGGCAGGGGGUAACUGUAACAGAAUGGGAAGAUGGCAGGAGGUAACUGUAACAGCAUGGGUAGAUGGCAGGGGUAACUAACAGUAUGCUUAGAUGGCAGGGGUGACUGUAACAGAAUGGGUAGAUGGCAGAGAGUAACUGUAACAGUAUGUGAAGAUGGCAGGGAGUAACUGUAACAGAAUGGGUAGAUGGGGGUAACUGUAACAGAAUGGGUAGAAGGCGGGGGUAACUAUAACAGAAUGGGUAGAUGGCAGGGGGUAACUGUAACAGAAUGGGAAGAUGGCAGGAGGUAACUGUAACAGCAUGGGUAGAUGGCAGGGGUAACUGUAACAGAAUGGGUAAAUGGCAGGGGGUAACUGUAACAGAAUGGGAAGAUGGCAGGGGCUAACUGUAACAGAAUGGGUAGAUGGGGGUAACUGUAACAGAAUGGGUAGAUGGCAAGGGGUAACUAUAACAGAAUGGGUAGAUGGCAGGGGGUAACUGUAACAGAAUGGGAAGAUGGCAGGGGCUAACUGUAACAGAAUGGGUAGAUGGGGGUAACUGUAACAGAAUGGGUAGAUGGCAGGGGGUAACUAUAACAGAAUGGGUAGGUGGCAGGGGGUAACUGUAACAGAAUGGGAAGAUGGCAGGAGGUAACUGCAACAGCAUGGGUAGAUGGCAGAGGGUAACUAUAACAGAAUGGGUAGAUGGCAGGGGGUAACUGUAACAGAAUGGGAAGAUGGCAGGAAGUAACUGUAACAGGAUGGGAAGAUGGCAGGGGGUAACUGUAACAGAAUGGGAAGAUGGCAGCAUGGGUAGAUGGCAGGGGUAACUGUAACAGAAUGGGAAGAUGGCAGGAGGUAACUGUAACAGAAUGGGUAGAUGGCAGGGGGUAACUAUAACAGAAUGGGUAGAUGGCAGGGGGUAACUGUAACAGAGUCAGGCAGGGGAGGAAUAACUGUGACAUUAUGGGGCAGGAAUAAGUACUAUCCAUUCCCUUCCAUUAUCUUGGCAAUAAACAUGUUUCAAUUGUAUGAAGAAAAUAUUCUGCUGUAUGUGUUCUGUCAGUCAGUGGUCAAAAUUACUUUUCUUCAAACAUGAGAAACCAAUGAUAAGGAUUUAACUAUGGGGUACGAGACCCUAAAGACAAUGCAGAAAAUGAACUUGGUGCCUUGAGAGACAUGCUGACCACGCAGAACUGGAAUUGGCUCCAUUAGGCAUCUUUGGUGAACGCUGACGUCUGAAGUCAAAUGUGGAAUGUUUUGAUGCCACUAUCUGACACAGAUCGUCUUUUCGAUCUUGACAACACAAAAAUAAUCAGUUAUGAAGCACUUAUCAUUGCCAAAUUACUGCCAUUACCUACGUUAUAUAGAGAGUAAUGAAACGCUGGGAACUUAAUGAACACUGCUUAUGGUUAGAGACAAAUGUCAUAUUUCCAUAAUAAAUAAUCUUUUUGUAAAAGUAAAGCUUACUUUAUCAAAUGUAUACCUAUCCAGUACUAUCCUUUGUUUAAAAAAACUAGAAGGGUUAAUCACUAAAAUGUGAUAUUUUGGAAAUUUCAAUCCCAACAGAUAAAUCGGGAAAAUUAUCCAAUUCAGUCACUCUCACCUCUCUCGUUACUUGGCAUGUCCGAGUGAUGUGAUUGGUUGGCCACUAGCCUUUUUAUUUGGCCAUUUUUGGGGGGGCAGAAGAAAAGAAGAAUUAGAAGUAAGAAGACUUCUGAUGGCAAGUAUAAUUUGUUUUUACAGGUUUUAGAUUUUUUUUUGUCCACCCCUUCCCCCCCAUUAUUAUUAAGGUAUUGUAACGAGAAUAUACCCCUACACGCAGGAUCCAACUAAACAGAGGCAAAUACAGAGGAGAGAUACGUCUACCGGACCUUAGAAUGGCCGGACUCGACGUAUAUGAGAGGAGACAGAGCCAGGAACAAACCGAGGUCAAGGGCACAGAGAGACAGCGUAAACUAGGACAAGCCGGGUCUGGUACACGGAAAACAGCAAGCCGGCAAACAGUACAGAUAAGGAUAAAGCGAAAACGAAGUCAGAAUACGAAGCCAAAGUCAAUACGAGAAAACACAACUGAACACCAAAAGCGCUAAAGGGAACUGAAACAGAAACCACGAUAGGGCAACGAGCUAAGGGAAAAAGGUAAGUUUAAAUAGCUUUUAAACGAAAGUGAUUGGCUCCUGUCACUUCCACACCCCCUAUAGGUAAUUGUACAGGGAGUGUGGUAUGACAGGAGCCAAUGGGAGCCUUUUGGCAAUUAGGCUCCCACUGUCUCUUUAAGAGCGCGCCCGAGACUCGCGGCGCGCUCUUAGUUUCAGGCGGGACACGUGACCGCUUCACGCGGUCACUGCCCGCCUUCCAUCCAAAGCAGUCGGAUGAGCCGCGCGCGGCUCGUGCAGCCGCAGGACCGCGCGCGGCUUGAAGAGAGGACCGCGACCGGCCCCCGGUUAAGGUAAGUAACGCUACAGUACCCCCCCCUGAGGACACGCCCCCCGGGCGGGUAGGACCAGGCCUGGCAGGAAAACGAGAAUGGAAAGAGCGCACAAGACGGGGAGCAUGGACAGCAUCAGCCGAAAUCCAACUGUGCUCCUCAGGCCCAUAACCCUUCCAAUGUACCAAGUACUGAAGUCGACCCCUAAGGAAACGAGAGUCAAGAACAGCAGACACUUCAAACUCCUCAUGACCCUCCACCGAGAUAGGAGGGGGAGGAGGAGUAUGUCGGGUAUAGCGGUUGCGUACGAAAGGUUUCAACAAUGAGGUGUGAAAAACAUUAGGAAUACGUAGAUUCUUAGGCAGGCCCAAGGCAUAAGAAACAGGAUUAACCUUAUGUAUAAUACGAUAAGGUCCAAUGAAGCGGGGAGCCAAUUUCAUAGAAGGCACCCGGAGACGAAUAUUCCGCGUGGAAAGCAAAACCCUGUCCCCCACAACAUAGGACGGAGCUGCUCUGCGAUGCUUGUCAGCCUGAGCCUUCUGGCGAGUAGCAGAGUCCACCAAAGAACGCUGAACCUGCUCCCAAGUAUUACGCAAACCAGCCAAAUGCUCAUCCAGAACUGGCAUGCCCUGUGAGGAGAAUGCAGCCGGAAGAACAACGGGAUGCUGGCCAUAGACAACGUAAAAAGGGGUCUUGCCGGAAGAAUCAUGAGUGGCGUUAUUCCGAGCAAAUUCAGCCCAAGGAAGCAGGUCAGACCAAUUGUCCUGAUGGUGAGACACAAAACAACGGAGGUAUUGCUCCAGAGACUGGUUGGCACGUUCAGCAGCCCCAUUAGACUGGGGAUGAUAAGCGGAAGAAAAUGAGAGAGAAAUACCCAUUUCUGAACAAAAGGCCCUCCAGAACCUGGAAAUAAAUUGGCUACCCCUAUCGGAUACAAUAGAUACGGGAAUCCCAUGUAAUCGAAAUACUUCUCUAGCGAAGAUAUGAGCCAGUUCCUUGGAUGUGGGCAACUUGUGAAGAGACACGAAGUGAGCCAUCUUGGAAAACCGAUCCACUAUCAUCAGGAUUACUGUGUUACCAUUUGAAGGGGGUAAUUCAACAAUAAAAUCCAUGGACAGGUUAGACCAAGGUCUCUCGAACGGGUAACGGAUGCAACAGCCCACAAGGAACUCUACGGGAGGAUUUCAUACAGGCACAAGUAGUACAAGCACUUAUAUAGUCAGUGACAUCCUUUCGUAAGGAAUCCCACCAAAAAUACCGAGAAACAGCUGACACCGUUUUGGAAAUACCAGGAUGUCCAGCAGUCUUAGUAUCAUGAUAUAAUGACAUAAUAUCCCGUCUCUCAGGAACAUCAACGAACAGUUUAUCAUUAGGCCUCUCGCUAGGUGCCAUGCUUUGUUUCGCUUGUAUGGCCUGCAAGAGGGACGAGGAAAUAGACAAAAUAGUAGUAGCUAUUAUCCUGUCUGGGGGAAUGACAGGAGUAACAUCAAUCUCCUGUUUGUCAGUAGUUUCGAACUGUCUGGACAGAGCGUCUGCUUUAGUGUUGCGAUCACCUGGCCUAUAGGUGAUAAUAAAAUUGAAACGGGACAAAAAUAGUGACCACCUAGCCUGCCUGGAAGACAAUCUUUUGGCUUCGCUAAGGUAGGAUAGGUUCUUGUGAUCCGUAAAAAUGAGGAUAGGAUCCUUAGUUCCUUCUAACAAAUGUCUCCACUCUUUAAGUGCUAAAAUAAUAGCAAGGAGUUCGCGAUUACCCACAUCAUAAUUUUUCUCUGCUUUGGACAUUUGUUUAGAAAAGAAGCCGCAUGGAUGCAAUGGCUUUUCAGGCGACUCUCUUUGGGAUAAGACAGCACCUACCCCAAUAUCCGAAGCAUCAACUUCAAGAAUAUAGGGCAGUGAGGGGACAGGAUGCUGUAAAAUAGGUGCAGAGGCGAACGUAGUUUUAAGAAAUUCAAAAGCCUGAAGUGCCUCGGUAGACCAAACACGAGUAUUGCCAUCCUUUUUAGUCAUACGGGUAAUAGGUGCUACAAUGGACGAGAAACCUUUGAUAAAACGUCUAUAAUAAUUGGAGAACCCAAGAAAACGCUGAAUAGCUUUCAGACCUUGCGGUAGAGGCCAUUCUAUUACAGCAGCAAGCUUCUGGGGAUCCAUACGAAAACCUUUAGCGGAAAUCAAAUACCCCAAGAACUGGACUUCGGUUUGGUCAAACAGACAUUUUUCUAGCUUGCAAUAAAGACCAUUAGCAAGAAGGGUCUUCAAAACUGUCGUAACAUGUCUGUGAUGAGUGUGUAUAUCUGUAGAAUAUAUUAAAAUGUCUUCUAUGUUAGUCAAUUAUUUCUUGUUAACCUUAAGGUAAAACAGAGAAAAAAUACACAACAUAGUGCAGAUUGUAUGUAAAUAUGUAAAAAUUGAUUUAAAACAAAAGCCAAAUGGCAACUCACAAUUUUCUGAGCUAUAAAUCUAGCUCAGAAUUUUGAUGCUUUAGGAUCCGUAUAGGCGACCCUCUCCCUUCUUCUCCUUUCUUUAGUCCAGUCCUAUAUGGAUACAGGAGGGGGUAUAUAGUGUAGUAUAGUUGAUGUUAUUAUGGGUAUGUAAAAGUAAUAAAUGAGGUACUCACAAACCCAGAGCCAGUCUAUAGGCUCACUUCAGUGCGCAUAUGUGGUUUUAGGACCACACUCCUUCUUUAUAUUAGCAGGAAAAAAGCCAUAAGUGUAUCAAAAUGUAUGUAUAUUUAUUAUUAAAAAUUAUUACACAUUAUAAAAAAUUCUAUUAGAAGUAUAUGUAAAAAAUAAAUAAAUAAAACACUUAUAAGGCUUAAUAGAGUCCAGUAAAGUCCAAAAAAAGGGAGUUUUCAGUGCUCACUUUUCUUUCCAGAACGCGUUUCGCCAGGUGGCUUCUUCAGCUGGUUAAAUUCAGUGAUGUAUCCUUGGACUUCUUUUUCCUGCUUUAAAUACCUUUCUUCCUGUGUGGAAACAGCUGUCUAUGCUAGGAUUUUCGCGGGUUUUUCUCCCUGCGUUCCAAGCCUCAUUCUGGUUUCCUCCUGUUUCCUGUUUCUCGGCCGAUACGUCACUUCCGGUUUCGGCGAUUUUCAUGGCUAUGCGUUCCACGGUGCGUUCCACUGUGGUUAUUACAGUCCAAUGCAGUCUCUCUCAGUCAUAAAUAUCCAAGAUAGGUUAAAGGAUAUAUAAGCAAUUAUUUCAUUAUUGAGGUAGCAUAUUCUUUUCACAUUUCUUUGUUUUAGACGGACAGUUAUUAAACAAACCUUAUUUUUAUGUAGUAUUUUACUUUACACAUUUUAUAUAAUCAUAAAUUUAUUUAAAGUAAUUCUUAAGAUUAUACAUAAAUGGAGAGCAAUUGUUUAUCAUUAAAAAGGUUAAAUUUUUAAGCUUCAUUUAGGUUAAUUCUUCAAAUUACACAUUGGUAAUGAAUUAAUUUCCAUAUUUGUAAUAUCACAGAGAGAGUUAAGGGGGUGAACUAGAAAAUACGUAUAGUUAUAGAGAGAUAUGAGAGAAAGAAGUUAUAGAAAGAGGUGUAAUUACCAUAAACCGAUAUUUUAAAAAUUAAUUCAAGCAAGAGAUUACUAUUAAAACAAAAAUAAAAACUAGGACAAGAAUAAAUCUAAAAACAAAUAUAAAUAUAAAAUAAAGAAUAAAAAUACAUUAUUUCUAUCUUUAUCUUUAUCUCUAUCCCUAUUUUAUGUCAGUGUAAGAUCUUAAUGUAAUAUUGAGAUUAGAGAAGGAAAUGGCACAUUUCAAAGUCAACGUUUAGACCAUUUGGAAUCAGACUGUUUAGUUUGAAUAUCCAUUCCAUUUCCAUUCCGUGAUUUAAAAAUUAUCACGACUGCGAAUUAAAAGACACUAUGUUCUUGGGAAUUAAAAAAGUAACCAAAGAUUGGAGAGGAGGAGAUUUUAACCAAAAGUUAAGUAAAGUGGAAAUGGAAUGGAUAUUCAAACUAAACAGUCUGAUUCCAAAUGGUCUAAACGUUGACUUUGAAAUGUGCCAUUUCCUUCUCUAAUCUCAAUAUUACAUUAAGAUCUUACACUGACAUAAAAUAGGGAUAGAGAUAAAGAUAAAGAUAGAAAUAAUGUAUUUUUAUUCUUUAUUUUAUAUUUAUAUUUGUUUUUAGAUUUAUUCUUGUCCUAGUUUUUAUUUUUGUUUUAAUAGUAAUCUCUUGCUUGAAUUAAUUUUUAAAAUAUCGGUUUAUGGUAAUUACACCUCUUUCUAUAACUUCUUUCUCUCAUAUCUCUCUAUAACUAUACGUAUUUUCUAGUUCACCCCCUUAACUCUCUCUGUGAUAUUACAAAUAUGGAAAUUAAUUCAUUACCAAUGUGUAAUUUGAAGAAUUAACCUAAAUGAAGCUUAAAAAUUUAACCUUUUUAAUGAUAAACAAUUGCUCUCCAUUUAUGUAUAAUCUUAAGAAUUACUUUAAAUAAAUUUAUGAUUAUAUAAAAUGUGUAAAGUAAAAUACUACAUAAAAAUAAGGUUUGUUUAAUAACUGUCCGUCUAAAACAAAGAAAUGUGAAAAGAAUAUGCUACCUCAAUAAUGAAAUAAUUGCUUAUAUAUCCUUUAACCUAUCUUGGAUAUUUAUGACUGAGAGAGACUGCAUUGGACUGUAAUAACCACAGUGGAACGCACCGUGGAACGCAUAGCCAUGAAAAUCGCCGAAACCGGAAGUGACGUAUCGGCCGAGAAACAGGAAACAGGAGGAAACCAGAAUGAGGCUUGGAACGCAGGGAGAAAAACCCGCGAAAAUCCUAGCAUAGACAGCUGUUUCCACACAGGAAGAAAGGUAUUUAAAGCAGGAAAAAGAAGUCCAAGGAUACAUCACUGAAUUUAACCAGCUGAAGAAGCCACCUGGCGAAACGCGUUCUGGAAAGAAAAGUGAGCACUGAAAACUCCCUUUUUUUUGGACUUUAUUGGACUCUACUAAGCCUUAUAAGUGUUUUAUUUAUUUAUCUUUUACAUAUACUUCUAAUAGAAUUUUUUAUAAUGUAUAAUUUUUAAUAAUAAAUAUACAUACAUUUUGAUACACUUACGGCUUUUUUCCUGCUAAUAUAAAGAAGGAGUGUGGUCCUAAAACCACAUAUGCGCACUGAAGUGAGCCUAUAGACUGGCUCUGGGUUUGUGAGUACCUCAUUUAUUACUUUUACACACCCAUAAUAACAUCAACUAUACUACACUAUAUACCCCCUCCUGUAUCCAUAUAGGACUGGACUAAAGAAAGGAGAAGAAGGGAGAGGGUCGCCUAUACGGAUCCUAAAGCAUCAAAAUUCUGAGCUAGAUUUAUAGCUCAGAAAAUUGUGAGUUGCCAUUUGGCUUUUGUUUUAAAACAAUUUUUACAUAUUUAUAUACAAUCUGCACUAUGUUGUGUAUUUUUUCUCUGUUUUACCUUAAGGUUAACAAGAAAUAAUUGACUAACAUAGAAGAAAAUUGGGUAAAACUUCGCUUCAUAUUCAAUUUUGCACAUAAGCGCUACACCGGUACCACUUACUAUUCUCUAUCACUCUGUAAAAGAUUUUCACGGUGGUUAGCAGCUGUUUAGAUUAUAUAUAUUUUUAAGAUCUUAUACUCAAAUAGCGCUUAUACUUCCUUGUUUUAUAUUAAAAUGUCGUCCAAGUAUACGAUAACAAAUGUGUGAAUAAAAUCUCUUAAGACAUCAUUAAUAAAUUCUUGGAAUACUGCUGGGGCAUUGCAAAGCCCAAAUGGCAUAACAGUAUAUUCGUAAUGACCGGAUCUAGUGUUGAAUGCAGUCUUCCAUUCGUGAUUUUCCUUUAUACGUAUCAAAUUGUAUGCACUCCUAAGGUCUAAUUUAGUGAACACAGUGGCAUGUUUCAGCCUGUCAAAUAAUUCUGUAAUUAAAGGUAUAGGGUAUGCAUUUUUGAUAGUGAUUUUGUUUAGACCUCUAUAAUCUAUACACGGUCUUAAAUCACCUUCUUUCUUCGAUACAAAGAAGAACCCUGCUCCAGCUGGAGAAGAGGAUCUCCUAAUAAACCCCUUUUCUAGUGAUUCCUUAAUAUACUCCUCCAUGACACGGUUUUCUUGAACCGAUAAGGGGUACACCCUGCCCUUUGGAGGUAUAGUGCCAGGCAACAAGUCAAUAGCGCAAUCAUAGGGUCUGUGAGGCGGUAAUUUCUCAGCCUCCCUUUUAUCGAAAACAGUCUUUAGAGAUAAAUACUGAGGGGGUAUAACCGUAGACAAAGGAGGACUGGUAGGUACCUCAAUAGAAUUCAAAGGUGUGACUUCCAACGUACAAGACUCGUGGCAGGUCUCACUCCAUGAUUUUAUUUGCCCUGUCUCCCAGUCAAAAAUGGGAUUGUGAGCACGUAACCAUGGAUACCCUAAUACUAACUGUGAAGAGGGAGAGGUGAUGACCUGGAAUCGAAUGGUUUCAUAGUGUAAAACCCCUGUGUACAUGUGUAAUGGUACAGUCUCAUGAGUAACAACUGGAGAACUUAAUGGUCUACUAUCUAUGGCCUCAACGGCCAAGGGUAUCUCCUUCUCUCUGAUGGGAAUGUUGUUUCUCUUUAUAAAGCCAGAGUCUAUAAAAUUUUCAGCUGCCCCAGAGUCAACCAGAGCAUAUAUGUUGUCAACUAUACAAAUCUCUCCCAUAUAUAAAGAAACCGGGAGAAGCAAGCGGUUAGGAGGCAAUUUAGGAGACUUAGAUAUCACACCCAAGGCCAGUCCCCUAUAAGGUCUUAGGUGAGAGAGUUUUCCGGAGUAAAGGACAUUCCUUUACCAUAUGGUCUCUCCUACCACAGUAUAGGCAGAGUCCCUCCCUUCUCCUAUGUAAUUUCUCAGUAUCAGAGAGUUUGGCAACCCCUAAUUGCAUAGGUUCCUCCUCAGACACUUUAACACUCUCUGGUAUAUUAACUCUGGGGUUAAUGGGUGUAACAAAACGCCUAUUCCUGUUCUUGGUAUAGAGCCUGUCACGAAUUCUAUUAUCAAUAUCAAUGAGGUAAUCGAUAAGGUCCUCUAAGGCAAUAGGAAGCUCCUUAGCUGCUACCUCAUCCAAUAUCGUAUCUGACAAACCUUCCAUAAAGGCAGUAGUUAACCCAUUGUUGGUCCAAUCUACCUACGAAGCAAGAGUGCGAAACUGAAUAGCAUAAUCAGCCACAGACCUAGAACCCUGUUUAAUUCUCAUUAAUGCUCUCGCGGCAUUCUUUGACCUUUUCAUCAUGUCAAAAGUUCUACGAAAAGCCGUAAGAAAACUGUUGAAAUCAUGUACCAUAGGUCCAUUAGCUUCCCAAAUAGGAUUUGCCCACUCAAGUGCCUUAUCGGUAAGUUGGUGCAUAAAGAACCCAACCUUAGACCUCUCUGUGGGAAAUGAACGUGAAUACAUUUCGAAGUGGAAUUCAAUUUGAUUAAUAAACCCUCUGCAAGUCUUAGAGUCCCCUCCAUACCUAGGAGGAGGUGUUAAAUGGGCCGAAGUAUUAGGCAAAGUAGAUACUUCAGGGAGAAGGGGCGUAGGAGGGUUAGGUGUGGCUGCUGGAAUGGUUCUAGCUAGGAGCGUCUGGAGAGCCUGAGCUAUCUGAUCCAUACGGUGAUCCUGCUCUACAAAUCUUGCCUCAUGGGACGCCAUCUGUUGAGCUAAAUCUGCGGGGUCCAUGGCCCUAUCGUAAUGUAACGAGAAUAUACCCCUACACGCAGGAUCCAACUAAACAGAGGCAAAUACAGAGGAGAGAUACGUCUACCGGACCUUAGAAUGGCCGGACUCGACGUAUAUGAGAGGAGACAGAGCCAGGAACAAACCGAGGUCAAGGGUACAGAGAGACAGCGUAAACUAGGACAAGCCGGGGUCUGGUACACGGAAAACAGCAAGCCGGCAAACAGUACAGAUAAGGAUAAAGCGAAAACGAAGUCAGAAUACGAAGCCAAAGUCAAUACGAGAAAACACAACUGAACACCAAAAGCGCUAAAGGGAACUGAAACAGAAACCACGAUAGGGCAACGAGCUAAGGGAAAAGGGUAAGUUUAAAUAGCUUUUAAACGAAAGUGAUUGGCUCCUGUCACUUCCACACCCCCUAUAGGUAAUUGUACAGGGAGUGUGGUAUGACAGGAGCCAAUGGGAGCCUUUUGGCAAUUAGGCUCCCACUGUCUCUUUAAGAGCGCGCCCGAGACUCGCGGCGCGCUCUUAGUUUCAGGCGGGACACGUGACCGCUUCACGCGGUCACUGCCCGCCUUCCAUCUAAAGUAGUCGGAUGAGACGCGCGCUGCUCGUGCAGCCGCAGGACCGCGCGCGGCCCCCGGUUAAGGUAAGUAACGCUACAGGUAUGCCCAGCUGCCUAGUUGCUAGUAUUAAUGUUUAGUAAAGAUGCCCCCACCUGCCAGAUAACAUAUGGGGUCCUGUGGGGGUAAGAUACCUUCAUUGUAACAAUAAAGGGGUUUUAUUGACCCACAAUGGGAUUUUUCUUUACUAUUUUCUUUGUUUUUGUUUACUUUUCCAUGGUGCCGAGGUAUUUUCAGCACUGUCAGUAGUUCUUCAAAUAAUAAUAAACACAACAAAUAGGUGGGAAAACACCUAGUAUACGUAUAAACAAUACAAAAACAACCUGGUAAUGUAGACCAGGAUGAGUAGGUCAGAUGUGAACCUAUAAUAACAAUAAAAAACACAACAUAGCGUAAUAUAGCUAUGUAAAGUUAAGAAUAUGGUGUUGGUAGAGAACUCACAAACGUGUGAAGAUUCAGGCUUUCACCCCACCAGGGAUUAAAUCAAAGCAGAGCAGAUCUCAACUGGUGUACAUCCUUGUAUUGGACGGAAAGAAACCGCAUAUAGUGAAGUAAAUCCUUGUAUGGGAAAAUCCUUGUAUUGUUCUUCAAAUAAUCAUUUACUUGUGAAUUAUAAUUUGCGAUUCUGGUGCUGUAGAUUGGUUCGGAUGAGUUCAGACAAACAGCGAUUUCCUCAUCUGAACCAAUGUUACAGAAUAAGUCAGACUCACUAAAUUCUGACCACUUUUGGUUUUAGUAGAUAUGACAAUACCAUGAGAAGACCACGCAAGGCGAUGGCUACUGACAUCACCGCUCUAUGCAGGAAGUGAUAAAAAAAACCUAACGAUUGGAUUCUACCUUAGUCCGACCAAAGGUGUAUGAACAUGGUAGAGGGAUCUAGUGUUCUGUGAAAGGAGGGGCCAGAUUAUCAGGUGUUUUUACAUAUACUUCAUUUUUAAAAAAUGUCAUAUUUUCAUUACAUGCUGCAAGGAUUCUUAUAAUAAAAAAGAAAACAAAAAUAAAAAAUUCUGGUGACAGUUGUGCUUUAAGUGUAACAAUGAAUAAUUCUUGACACCGUACAAAGUCUAUUUGUAUGCUGCCACUUACUUUUUUAAUUAACAGAGAAGUAUAUAAUCUUCUUAAUGGGUAUAUAGAACACCAAUUUACAUCCUUUAUUUUUCCAACAGGAAUGAAGAGAAGAAAACAAAAUCUCAGCUCAGUAAAGCUAUCAUUGCAAACGAUGAUCGUGUCUUAGAACUGCAGAGGAAACUAGAAGAGAAAGUGACAGAACGCAAAAAGCAAACCGAGUCAUUGAAGUUAACGCCCUCUCGGAAUAUUAGCAGAUCCUCCAAGGUUAGUAAAAAAAAGCUGUGCAGAGGUGGUCACCAGUUGUCCCUUUGAUUAAUGAUUAUUAUUCUUUGAAUUUACUGGCUUUGGGCUAGAGGCUCCAGAUUUAAGUAUUUUUUACUGAGCCUACAGAACAGGACGCCACCUGCUGGCCAAGGGAAGCCUUGCCCAAUCCCAUGAAUCAGCGAAUAACCCUUAAAGCCGCAAUGUCAUGCCAAACUUACCUCUUCUCAAUCUUUCCUCUUGUCUUCCUAUUUCCUACUCUGUCUGUCUUUUUUCAUUUUCCAGCAAUUUCUAAUGAAAAACAUAAGACAAAGUAGGGACUAAUGUGUAUUUUUUCUACACUUGACUUUCUUAAGAAUCUUAAGUAAGACGAACUCUUGUGUCAAAGAACAUUUUCCCAUAAUACUCACCCCUCCUCCGUAUUCUUUUAAUACCAGUCAAAGGUAACCUCCUUUUACAGAGGAGUGUGUAUAAUACAGUGCUUUAAGACAAGUGAAGUGAUUUGUAGGCUGCUCAAUACACUUAUGUGAAAAUAUCCUCUAUUUCACAAGAUACGGUUGAAGUUAUUGGUGUGGUUUAAGCUAUAGACAAACUUAUACCAAUAAGAGGAGCGCUCCUAACACAAGUACAGCUUACCAAAUGGUAUCCCAUUCAAUGGCGCAGUGUAAGGUACAUGUUUAAAAAGAUACAAAAGAAUACAAUAUAGUGUAGACGGUAUGGAAAGUGUUAAUUUGAUAAUAAUAGUUAUAUUAGGUAAAUUGAACACUCACAUUUCUAGGAGCCUGUAUAUAAGAACACUGGCUCCGUAUGUUGGCCAAUGUGCUUAUAAGGGUAGCACCGCCCGUCUCCUUCAGUGUGGGGUAAUUCUCCAAAACAAAAUGAUAGAGAGAGCAGACCAAUGUGUAGAACGUGCUUAAUAAAAACACAAUAUGAUGCAGAUAAAUGGUUUGCUCACCUGGUCCUGAGCCUGUGGGUCCCGGCUCUAGGUAUAUAAGCUUGGUGUCACUUUAAGUGGGGAUGACACUACCCCUGGGAAGAUUCUCCUGAGGUUUCCAAAAGAGGGACUUAAAAGGAAUGUAGUAAAAAAAAUAGUGGAUUUAUUAAGAACAAAAUCAAUAAAAACAAUAAUAAUUAAAAAGUCCUCUUUAAAAGUCCUCUUUCAAGUAUUCUUUUGUUGCCUCCUUUUGCUCUGUCCGAGCGUCCUGCCAUGCUGACUAGGGCACAGGCAAAAUGCCCCGAAUUUCAUCCAAACAGAAUGUCGACAGUUUGUCCAUUUGUUUUUGGACGAAAUUCGUUCAUUAUGUUGAGUUCGGAAUAACAUUCGGUACCCUGUGGUAUUGCAAUAUAAUUGGCAUCCUACAAGAAUUAGAGAGCUAUCGAAUAUAAAGCUAAACGAUCAAAAUUGGUCUUUCAGACAACUUUACUAAUACUAACUAACAACUACUUAGUAUUAGUAAAUAAGGGAGUUUAAAAUCAGUCGCUAUACAGUGAGUAAACAGUAAGCAGCAAUCCAAUAAAGGGCCCCGCAAGUGGGGUUUAUAAACUAAAUCGGUGAGUAGGAGCCCUAAAUAAUAAUGAGUGGAAUGUGGGGUCUAUCUGUAAACUAAGGGGGACGGGCAAUAAACUAAAUACCUGAAAAAUACUACACUAUUACUCUUUAUAUUUUAUUUACAUCCUCUAGGAACUGCUGUAAUCACUAGAGAAAAAUUGCGUUGUGUGACUUAUUAUUAAGUUUAUUUAGUGAUUUACAUAGUAUUUAAGUUGAAAAAAGACUCAAGUCCAUCAUGUUCAACAUUUAAACCCUAUUCCUUUAUGCUGUUUAUCCAACUGAAGCAAUUUUUAGUUUGCCAGAAAAGGAGAAAAAUCGUUGACUCCAUAUUGUCAACCAGAUUUAUACUUGGAACAACAACCUUUUCAUACAAACAUGUAUUUAUUUAUACAAUAUUUUACCAGGAACAAUAUAUUGAGAGUUCUCUUGAUUUCAAGUAUGUCCUAUUCAUACUCUAUCAUUAAUUACAGCUGAUACUCAAAAAAUUUGAAUAUAUCGUGCAAAACUUCAUUUAUUUCAGUAAUGCAACGUAAAAGGGGAAACUAAUAUAUGAGAUAGAUGCAUUACAUGCAAAGCAAGAUAGUUCAAGCUGUGAUUUGUCAUAAGUGCAAUGAUUAUGGCUUACAGCUCAUGAAAACCCCAAAUCCACAAUCUCAGUAAAUUAGAAUAUUGUGAAAAGGUGCAAUAUUCUAGGCUUACAGUGUCCCACUCUAAUCAGCUAAGUAAGCCAUAACCCCUGCAAAGGGUUUCUGAGCCUUUAAAUGGUCUCUCAGUCUGGUUCAGUAGGAAUCACAAUCAUGGGGAAGACUGCUGACCUGACAGUUGUGCAGAAAACCUUCAUUGACACCCUCUAUAAGGAGGGAAAGCCUCAAAAGGUGAUUGCAAAGGAAGUUGGAUGUUCUCAAAGCACAUUAAUAAAAAGUUAUGUGGAAGGCAAAAGUGUGGAAGAAAAAGGUGCACAAGAAGCAGGGAUGACCGCAGCCUAGAGAGGAUUGUCAGGAAAAGGCCAUUCAAACGUGUUGGUGUCAGGAUUACUAGUUGAUCCAGCACGUAGAAUUGUGUCACACAGAUGACUAAUAGGUAACAAAUUACUGGGCCUUAGAACGGCCGGACUUAACGUACCAAAGAAUAGUCAGGAUACUUGCCGAGGUCAGGGGAUACAGAAAGAGGCACAAACGAUAAGAGAAAGCCAGAAGUCAGGGAUACAGAAUACAGGGAAGUCAAAAUCAAAGCCAAAAUCAAAAACCAGAAGAAACUUGAAUCAAGAACGCACUCUCGGACAACCACAAGAGAAACCACGACAGGGCACUGAACAGGAUGAGAACUGAGCCUAAAUACCCCUUCUCUACAUCUGAUAGGCUGUAACCGGUCUUUGACCCCAAAGGCAGUUACCAGGUUCCCAUUUGCAUAAUUGCUGAUCAGCAUUAACCCUUCUGUGGAUUUGGUUGCUGCUCGGCACAACUUUUCCUGUGUGGACAGUAAAUGCCAUUAACCACAUUUUUAUAAGCGGAUGAAUACGUGACAGUUGUGGACUUUUACAAGGAGUGGACUGAGGCUGGAAUCAGUGCAUCAAGAGCCCCCACACACAGACGGAUCCUGGACAUGGGCUUCAGAUGUCGUAUUCCUCUUGUCAAGCCGCUCCUGAACAACAAAGAACGUCAGAAGCGUCUUACCUGGGCUACAGAAAAACAAACCUGGUCUGUUACUCAGUGGUCCAAAGUCCUCUUUUCUGAUGAGAGCAACUUUUGCAUCUCAUUUGGAAACCAAGGACCCAGAGUCUGGAGGAAGAAUGGAGAGGCACACACUGCAAGAUGCUUGAAGUCCAGUGUGAAGUUUCCACAGUCUGUGUUGAUUUGGGGAGCCAUGUCAUCUGCUGGUGUUGGUCCACUGUGCUUCAUUAAGUCCAGAGUCAACGCAGCCAUCUACCAGGAGAUUUUGGAGCACUUCAUGCUUCCUUCUGCAGACGAGCUUUAUGGGGAUGCUGACUUCAUUUUCCAGAAAGACUUGGCACCUGCCCACACUGCCAAAAGCACCAAAGCCGGGUUCAAUGGUCAUGGGAUUACUGUGCUUGAUUGGCCAGCAAACUCGCCUGACCUGAACCCCAUAGAGAAUCUAUGGGGCAUUGCCAAGAGAAAGAUGAGACACGAGACCGAACAAUGCAGAAGAGCUGAAGGCCGCUAUUGAAGCAUCCUGGUCUUCCAUAACACCUCAGCAGUACCACCGGCUGAUAGCUUCCAUGCCACGCCGCAUUGAGGCAGUAAUUGCUGCAAAAGGGGCCCAAACCAAGUACUGAGUCCAUAUGCAAGCUUAUACUUUCCAGAGGUCCGAUAUUGUUCUAUGUACACUCCUUGUUUUAUUGAUUGCAUGUAAUAUUGUAAUUUACUCAGAUUGUGGAUUUGGGGUUUUCAUGAGCUGUAAGCCUUAAUCAUCGCACUUAUGACAAAUCACGACUUGAACUAUUUUGCUUUGCAUGUAAUGCAUCUAUCUCAUAUAUUAGUUUCCCCUUUUACGUUGCAUUACUGAAAUAAAUGAACUUUUGCACAAUAUUCAAAUUUUUUGAGUACCACCAAAAAAAGCAUCCAGGCCUUUCACUAUAUUUAUCAACUGCCUCAAUAAAAAGAGAUUGACAAAAAAAAAAGAAAAAAAAGAAAAAAAAGAAAAUAGAAUCUGAGAAAAAGAUAAUUUGGAUAAAUAUCUCCUUUAGAUCGCUUUUAUGUUUGUUUGUGUUUGUCUAAUUUUUUUCUCAUGUGAGUGAUUUUUAAAUAGUUUGGAGUAAAAUAAAAGAAAACAACUAGAUUUAGAAUGCAGGCAAAAAAUAUCUGGUACUAACGAUGUCUUCCUUAGUGUAGGUGAACGUUUUCGCAUUUCCGUGACACCAACAUGUUAUGGUAUGUCAAUGAAACAUGGAUCUAAUGUUACCUUGUUUUACAGAACAAUUUCGAAGACAGCCAUUGGAAGGAACUUGAGGAAAGCCGCGAGCGCCAGGCUCAGCUUCUCCAACAUGGCGUCCUGUCAAAAGGAGCAAUGAAUAUGAUAGCCGCCUAUCAAGCAGCAAAAACCGGAGCGUGCUGAGAUCAUGGGCAACUAUUUAUUAGCAUGGUCAAAAUAUUGUUACAGGCAUUUUGUAGGGAAGACAAUGUCACCUAUCAGACCAAGUAUGGAUCGAACCAAUUCAAAGCAGACACUCUAUCUACAAAUAACAAAAUAUAGUUUGAUGUUCAUGAAACUAGCGCUUAAUGUGUUAUUGUUGUGCAUCAUAGAAAGAGAUAGGUAAACCCCGAUACACCUGCUGCUCUGGACUCCAGGUUCCUUCAGAUCUAGGCAUUGUGUUUAUUACAGAGGAAUGGGGUAGGAGCAGAACAAGAAGGAUGCAAUACACUAGCCUUUCUAGAAAACAUGAAAAUUUGGUCUGAAGUUUCUAGCAUCAGGUAAUUGUAGAUUUGAGUCCUUGGCUGCACAGAUCUCCCUGCUCCUGCUCCAUCUUGAAGCUCGAAUUUAGUGGGUUCUGAGGACGACAGUUACACCCUGUAUGAGCACACACUUGUUAGGGAAAGUUGGAGGAUGAUCUGUGCCACCAGUUCACAUCUCCCCUGCACCUGUUGUUUGUUUUUGAAAAUAGACUGUUUUGGUUUUACAAUUGGAACCUAGUUAUCAACUUACUCAUAAUGAAUAACGGUUCUUUUUUAGCACUGUUGGCAUGUUUUGGAUAUUUUUUUCCACUUGAAUGAUUUUAAUUAGUCUAGAUUAGUCUAGAUUAACUAGAUUUAGAGUUCAGACAAAACAAAGAGUCUGGUGCCAUUAAUAUUUAAACAUUUUUCAUUUGAUGCAUCAUGAAGAUUAACCUUUUGCUUCAUCUUACAAUGAAUGGAACAUUGAACUUUGUGAUGCAAUACCCACAUAGCAUGAAAGGUCACCUGUUCAUGUUCUAAAGGCUGGGGGAGCAUUAUGGGAAAUGUAGUUUACAAACUUCAGGGCAGUCAAGGUUAGCAAUCAAAAGACUCUGGUACCCAAUAUUUCAAGUGUCUCUGUCACAUCAAACUUACCUUUCUCCGAUUGUUUUCUCUUGUCUUCCUUUUUCAUAACCUGUUCUUAUUUUCUUAAAUUCUGAUCUAUUUCUCUUAAAAAUAUAAGACAAAGUAGGGACUUCUUUUUUAUGCAUUUUCCUACACCUGACAAUUGUGAUAAAAGGGUGGAGUUUGAAGCAAGCUGCUCUUCCUUUGUCACGCUAACAAAGGGUGAAGUUUCUCCUUAUUGAGAUUGCCAGGUGUAGGAAAACUACAUAAGACAAAGCAGUCACUACUUCAUUCUAAGAGAAAUAGAUAAUAAAUGAAGAAAAGAAGAACCCAUUCUGAAAGAGGAAGAUAAGAGGAAAUAAUAGGAGAAAGGUAGGUUUGGGGUGACAGAGACACUUUAAAUCCUGUUCGGAAUAUUGAAUUGAGAUCUUAAUACAUGGUUAUAGUGCUCCUUGAGUUCCUUUUGUAAGGUUUGCAAUCAAUGUAGGGAGCACCCCUCCACCCACCCCCUCCCCUUCACUCUUCAUUUAGGGAUAGUGCAUGGGGCCAAGCUUGUCCAAGUAUACUCAUGGCUCUGCGACCCCUGUCCAACCCCUGGUCCAUAGGCUGCCGCCUUAGGUCACCUUAUGGUCAAUCCUGUUAUACAUGUUGGAGAAAAAUAGGGUGCGUUCUGUGUUUCCCCAUUGGGUAAUUGGUGUCCAGGAAACCCCUGAUUUACUUGUAUUUCCAUUCCAAACUCAUGGAUAUUUUUAGCAGACACUGCAUUGCAAUUCAGGCCUAAUCUCCAAAUGUAACCAAAUGCCAGAAUAUCUUAAUUUAAUAAGCAAAGCAAUCAAAC